GAGACGCGCCCCGUGCCAAGCCGGGGAAUGCCGGCGCUCGUCGGGCUGCGCUGAGCCCUGCCUGCGCCUUUAAGGGCCGGGGCCGGAGCGGGGAGUGUCCCGGGCAGGCGCUGGAGGCUGGACGGGCGGGACUCCCCGGGACGGGAGCGGCGGCGGAGGCGGCGGAUCGGGCUCCGGGUGGGCCUUGGCGCACGGAGCGAGGGCGCACGGCGACGGCGCUGCCAGCAUGGACUGGGGCACGGAGCUCUGGGUAAGGAAGCGCGCGGCCGCCGCCCCCCCCUUGGGUUUUGCUGGGAGGCACCCCAUAUUCUCCCCCCACCAAUCCUUAUCUCCCUCUCUCCCCUCCCUCCAUGUCCGAUCACUUCGUCUCUCCACUCAAGGGUUGGGCUUCUCCAUGAUUCCCCAGACUUGAUUUAAAGCGCGUUUCUCCGCCCUCUUCUCCAGCUCCCACCCGAAACUCAGAGUUUUCUCCCUCGUGUCAGAGUUCAGUCGUCUGUGCCCCCCCCCCCCCACUUCAGUGCCUGCCUCCCCCUCUUUUCCUGAUGGCUGCUAAUACUAUUCUGGCUGCUACUUGUCCUGGGCUCUGUCCUUUUCACUGCCGCCUUGUUCCGUUCCGUUUUCUUCUCUUUCGGUGACCCUGUUGCUUUCCUCCCUCCCUUAGCCCCUUGGCUGAGAAAAGGGAUGUUAUUUGUGUGUGAGAGAGAGAGAGAGAAAGAGAGAGGGAGAGAGAGAAAGAAACCAAUAUUUUCCCUGGGUCGUUAGGCUCUGAGCUUACGGGAAGACUGCAUGUAUUAACACAGACUAACUUUAAUUUGGCCAGGUAGAUAAGACCACCUGAAAACAAGAGGAGGCGCUUUCACAUUACAGUAAUGAUCUUCAAUAUUUAAAGCUGUAGCUGUACCCAUAGCAGACUCGCCACUGCUCCCCUAAGUAUAUAUUUUUUCCUGGUUCUGGCUUCUUACGCUUGAUAAUUAGAUGGGCAAGAAACCCUUUGUCUACCACUUUAUCAUGAGUAAGUGAGCUGCAUGUUUUACUGUGAUAGCCUAUCAUAUUUUGGCUCUGCUGUUGCACUUUUGCAUAUUGGGGUGCAGCUCUCAGAUUGGGAACACCUGAGUUGUGAUUUAAGAGCUGGAUGUCCCAAUAUCCUCUGCGACAUUGUCCUCAUUCACACAUAACAAGCAAGCAUGUUAAGUUUAAGUUAAAUUUAAGUUGUAGUUUGGCUUAGUGUGUUACCUGAACUUGGGCUUGUGGUUUAGCUCUUUCCCAAGGGUGAAACUAGGCUUUAUUUCACCCAAGUCAAAGACCACCCAUGCAUAUUUGCACACACACACACAGGCUAUGGGAGCCUCAAUGGCGCCCCUUUGGAGGCUUCACCUGGCCCAAAAACCCUGGCUAGUCCCCCCCCCCUUCGCUACGCCUCUGUCUUUCCAGAUAAGCUGCAACCCAGGCUUGUCCUAAUGGUCACUGGGCCUCUGUAUACCAUUUGAAGGCAUACAUCUUCCAUUAUGUGCUGCUUUACUGCUUGUGAGAAGAUGCCCCUAACUCAGUGGCUCCCAAACUUUCCCCCUCAUGGACCAUUUAAAAAUUGCUGAUGGUCUUGGCGGACCACUUAAUGAUUUUUUCUGCCUGUUGUUCCAGUUGUAAUAUGCUGUGCUAGAUGCUGUGUGGUUUUUAAUUGUAUAUUUAUUUAUUCCUUCUUUUAUUUGUUGCAUUUUGUACUACAAUACAGUAUAAGAAAUGGCUGUGCCGUAUCUGGUGUUCAACCAGUGUGGUGUAGUGGUUAAGAGAGCCAGUGUGGUGUAGUGGUUAAGAGCGGUAGACUCGUAUUCUGGUGAACCGGGUUCGCGUCUCCACUCCUCCACAUGCAGCUGCUGGGUGACCUUGGGCCAGUCACACUUCUUUGAAGUCUCUCAGCCCCACUCACCUCACAGAGUGUUUGUUGUGGGGGAGGAGGAAGGGAAAGGAGAUUGUUAGCCACUUUGAGACUCCUUCAGGUAGUGAUAAAGCGGGAUAUCAAAUCCAAACUCCUCCUCUUCUUCUUCUUCUUCUUCUUCUUCUUCAACCGUAAAAACACAGACACAUUGCAAACCACGUGAAUGAAGCUCAUAGGUCACUAGCGGUCUGCUGCCAACCACAGUUUGGGGACCUCUGCCCUAAACAACCACUUGGAGUGCAUGGGCUAUAUGUAUAUGUAAAACACUCAUGUGUACACAUCCGUCAAUACCUUUUAACUGUCCUGCUGUACUUAAAAUCAGGGAGGCCAAAUAAUGUAAUUUGUGGGCAAAGUAUGAAUUCUAAUCCUGGCCCAUUUUAAUGAAUGCAAAACCCAAAGAGUGUUAAGUUUGCCAGACUGUACCAUUUUGUGCUUCAAAGACUGACUUUAGUCUUACAUGGUCUGUUUUAAUCAUUACAUGGUCCACCAAUACUGGUUAAAUGUAUGAAGCAAGACAGACUGCGUACUCUGGGUCUGUUAGCAGCUGAAAGCCUAAUUGAUAUGUAUUAAGUGACGCUGAGGAGGCUCUCUUGCUAAGAACAUGAGAGGGGCAAUACUUAUUGUAGGUAGUGAGCAAACUCUCAGGAUUUACUUUGUUUUUUACCAGACUUCUCAUAUUCACCGCCUGGAGUCUGGUACAAAAGACAGAUACAUAGAAGAACUAAAGGAUUCUGAGCACAGGAAUUUAUUUUGAGUACCAGAACUGAACUGAGUGUACAGUCCUUGCAUACACUAACCCUCUUCUGGCUACCCUGAAAUUCUUCAUUUUGGCAAUAUGAGGGAAUGAGGAUUCAUUUUGUUACUGCUGUUGUUUGUCAUGGUGCCAAUUGUUUAAUCUACUGCAAAUCUCCCAGUAGAUCAAUCUACUGCAAAUCUGCUAGUAGAUCAAGACCGUCCUUUUACUCACCCUUGAUGUCGUGAACCAAUGUCUACAUAGUCCAGUAUUCUUUGAUAGGUAAAGGGACCCCUGAGCAUUAGGUCCAGUCGCGGACAACUCUGGGGUUGCGGCGCUCAUCCCGCUUUAUCGGCCGAGGGAGCCGGUGUACAGCUUCUGGGUCAUGUGGCCAGCAUGACUAAGCCGCUUCUGGUGAACCAGAGCAGCGCACAGAAACGCCAUUUACUUUCCCGCCAGAGCGGUACCUAUUUAUCUACUUGCACUUCCUGCUUUGGAACUGCUAGGUUGGCAGGAGCGGGGACCGAGCAACGGGAGCUCACCCCAUCACAGGGAUUCGAACCGCCGACCUUCUGAUCAGCAAGCCCUAGGAAAUUGGCCUUUGGUCAGUUGGACUGUGGUCUUCAUUUUGCCUUCUUCUGAUCUAGAAUAUGCUUUGCCUCAUGAAAACUUAUUUUGGAGCAAAUUCAGCUUCUCAGAAUGAGGCCCUUAAGGCACCAUCAACUUCUAUGCACAUGAGAUUUAAUCUCCACUUCAUCUUCCCAGGUAAGCUAUGAUGAAGAGUAGCCAAAGGUGGGCAGAAUGUGUAGCUAUUGCAUAAAGAAAAACAGGGUAGAGACUUCAAUCAGCAGCUGAGGAAGGGGGGGAAAACAAACACUGUUGCUUUAAACAGGCAGCAACAGAAAUGUCCCUUAAUCUGCUUUGGGGUAGAACAGGAAUAUAGUAAUGAUUUUAAAUAGCAGAGGAAGAGACUUUCAUGUAAGGCAAAAUUGCUGGUGAUGCAAAGUGAGCUGGAGAAAAGAGUUUGGGAGAAUUUUAUUUGUAGUUUGCUCUGUUCUAGAGCCUCAGAGAGUAAGACCUUUGUACCCAGUUCAAAACAUAGUUUCCUAAGAAGAAAAAGUGUUGGGUAUAUGCAUUUUAUAAGUUUGCAGAGAAUAUUUGGUAGGAGGCCCUUCCCUGAUUACCUUUUCAUGGGUUGAAGGUGAUGAUUGAUCGUGAACACAUCCAAGAGAGGUUGGGAGUAUUAGUAAUGCCAGGCCCCUUAUUUUUGGUCUGUAUUUUGACUUUUCUGUUUCUCUUGCCAGUUGCUCAAAAGGGGCUCUUGCUUUUGCUUCUCUCUCGCAGCCCUUAUUUUAUGUGCUGUGAAGCACGUUCUGGGUUUCUGGAAGGACCAGUGCUUUCUCUUGCACCUGGUUUAGGUUUUUGCUUGUGUGCAUGUGGAAGAUACAGGAUCCGAAGGUGUCUUUCUCACCCCUUCAGCAAAGCUUCUGCGUCUAAUCUAGUUAGUUCAGAGAUUAACUUUAGCCUGGUUGCAUGAGUAGAGGAGGCUAUUUCUGGAUUCUGCCCUUGCAUGGGCAACAGUUGAGUGCCCUCGACAGGGGAAGGAAUACUUAAAUACCCUCAAAAUUCAGUCUAACCAUUUCCACUGGUAAAAUUGAUCUGCAUACUUCUACAUCUGCAUAUUAUAACUUGGCCAGUUUUCUGGGUCUCUGGGUUCUCUACCAUGGCUAGGGUCAAAAGGGGCAAUGUACAAGCUAGAAUCAUGCAGUCUAUGGUUGCUAGGCCACAAUUAAUUCAGAAUGUUGCCAUUUGUGAAACCUUCCACUAGGUGCCUGAGUUUGUUGUCUCUAAAUCCAUAGAUUUAGUUGGGGGCUGCUUAUUUGCCUAGAGUCUGAUUCUCAUUUAAUGAAUUACCUGUGCAAGUAGCACUUGCAUGUCAGAAACAGCAUGCAAAACUGUGUGUGUAGAACAUGCUGCUGUACAAACUGCUGGGAAGCUACAGAUUGGCCAUGUCUUUUCAUACACCAUCUGUAUGCACAGCAAAAUAUCGAUGGUCUAUACUCAUUUAACUGUAGCAGUUGGCAAUCCGAUUGUCCUGAUUUUUCCCAUGUGGUCAUGCUCUCUGUAUAAUAAAUCAAACUCUGGGGUGCUUUUCAAAAACUUGUGGCAGAUUCAUAGAACCGAUUCCCCCUCACCUUCCAAUGUUGCAGGAUGUGUCUUGUUUUGUACUCUGCCAAAAAAAAGGGGGGGGGACACAAGAAUCGGUUGAUUCCUACGCUCAAGAGCCAGUGUGGUGUAGUGGUUAAGACUCCUAAUCUGGGGAACCGGGUUCGCGUCUCCGCUCCUCCACAUGCAGCUGCUGGGUGACCUUGGGCCAGUCACACUUCUCUGAAGUCUCUCAGCCCCACUCACCUCACAGAGUGUUUGUUGUGGGGGAGGAAGGGAAAGGAGAAUGUUAGCCGCUUUGAGACUCCUGAAGGGGAGUGAAAGGCGGGAUAUCAAAUCCAAACUCUUCUUCUUCUUCUUCUUCUUACGUACAUCUUGACUGGACAUAAAAGUCUCUAUAUCUGAAGGGAUAGUUCCCUUUUGUUUAAUGGGAUGCUGAUGUUUAAUCAUUGGAAUGAGCUAUGUGAUAGAACUAUUAUUUAUUGUUUAUUUAUUAAAUUUAUAUACCACCCUUCAUCCAAAGAUCACAGGGUGGUUUACAGUAUGAAAACAUAAAAUACACAACAAUAGCAAGCAAGCAAGCAAUAACCAUCCCAGUACUGUACAGUGGUACCUCAGGUUACAUAUGCUUCAGGUUACAGACGCCGCUAACCCAGAAAUAGUGCUUCAGGUUAAGAACUUUGCUUCAGGAUGAGAACAGAAAUCGUGCUCCGGCGACACGGCAGCAGCAGGAGGCCCCAUUAGCUAAAGUGGUGCUUCAGGAUAAGAACAGUUUCAGGUUAAGAACGGACCUCUGGAAUGAAUUAAGUACUUAACCCGAGGUACUACUGUACUGAAAACUGCAUCUCCCUCAACACUAAUCUGAAGGAGGUGGAGGGGUUUUUUUUGGAAGGAAGAAUGAAUAGAUAGGAUGGGGUUUCUCCUCUGCAAGUUGCCCCACGUGGCUGUUUACUGUUCGUCCCACAGUCUUGUUUGACUCAAAGAUCAGAAGAAGCUUGCUUGGAGGGGAGGGAAACCAGCAAAAGCAGGCGGAGGGUGGGGGGGACUUUUAGGGGAGAUCUGGCAGCCGCGCAAAGUUUUAAGCACCUUUCCGCACAUUGAGCCUCCCCUCUGCCCUUUCAUUAACAUUAACUGGCAAGUACAUGUUUACCAGCAUAACAUGUAGUUUUGUCCUUUGUUGCAGGAUGGAUGGGAACUUGUCUUUGAAAUGGUGUGUGUGUGUGUGUGUGUGUGUGUGUGUGUGUAGAAGCCUAUACUGAUUGCCGAGUUGCUCCUGUGCAGAUAUAUUUAACCUGUUGUCCGUUGUUCAGGCUAUUCCGCCUGAUGUCUCUGGGUGUGGUCCAGGGUAUUUUUUGUUAACCUUUAGCUAAGGACUUGCAAGGCUUUGGAGCUUAAAAAGGGGCGGUGUUUAGAUUGGUGAAUUGGGUAGGAUCAAACAGUUCCACUGUUUGCAAAUCUAGCCAGGGCUGUUUAUGUUGGGUGAGGUGGUGUCUGUUUUCUUUAGCAUGUUCUUCUGCUAUCGCUGCACCUCCCAUUUCAUCUCUCUUGAAGGAACCUCUUGUAGCUUCUCUAAAGUGGCACAGAAUAUGUGCCGCUGCUUAUAAGUAGGUAUUGCCUAAAGCAGGGGUAGGCAACCUAAGGCCCAUGGGCCGGAUGCAGCCCAAUCGCCUUCUAAAUCCGGCCUGCGGACGGUCUGGGAAUCAGCAUGUUUUUACAUGAGUAGAAUGUGUCCUUUUAUUUAAAAUGCAUCUCUGGGUUAUUUGUGGGGCAUAGGAAUUCAUUUAUUUUCCACACACCCCAAAAAAUAUAGUCCAGCCUACCACAUGGUCUGAGGGACGGUGGACCGGCCCACGGUUGAAAAAGGUUGCUGACCCCUGGCCUAAAGGGUUCCCUCAAAAUGACUUUUAAGAAAUAUUUAUGUAAUGCAAAUUAAGAAUUCAUAAAGAUUGAUAUUGCUAAAAUCUAUCUAAACAAUACCUAGCAUUCUGUUUAUGAUGGAUGCUGAACCUGUACCUUGUUUUGGAUUCUAUUUAACUGGAAAACCCAUUCAUCAUCAUCAUUUCUAUAAUUUAUAAGCCGCCCAUCUGCCUGGGUUUUCCCAGCCACUCAGGGCGGCUCCCAACAGAACACUAAAAACAGAACAAAACCUCAAACAUUAAAAACUUCCCUAAACAGGGUUGCCUUCAGAUGUCUUCUAAAAGUCAGAUAGUUGUUUAUUUCCUUGACAUCUGAUGGGUGGGUGUUCCACAGGGUGGGCGCCACUACCGAGAAGGCCCUCUUCCUGGUCAUUAACAAACAUUAACUGUUAGUAUUUGGACGUUUCCGUGGGUAUAUGGAAAGGUGGUGGGGGUACAGUGAACUUUUUUUGGGGGGGGUAAAUGGUGCUCAGUUCACAUUUCAGAAAAAGGUGGAUCAUGUCGAAAUGUAUGUCAGUUUUUUCACGUAAACAUUUGAAUUUGUACCAAGUCAUUUUUACCCACGCACUCUGUGAUCUUUUUUUUUUUUUGUAAUGUAAUGCUAGCAAAAUUGUGUUCAUCAAGUUAUUCUGAAUUGAAUAGCUUUUUAAGUGAGUCACAAGGUAAAGCGUUGGCACAUCAGAAAUCAUAGUUCGGUAAUGUCACAAGCCAGCAUGCAAGCUUCUAGGUUCUACAGAACUCUUUAUCAAGCUAGAUGCUAAAUACAGGGGUGGCAGAGAAGCAACUCAUAUGCAGAGUGUUCAAGUCGCUAUACAAUGGUACCUCGGUUUACGAACUUAAUCCGUUCCAGAAGUCCGUUCUAAAACCAAAGCAUUCUUAAACCGAGGCGUGCUUUCCCAUAGAAAGUACCGUAUUUUUCGCUCUAUAGGACGCACUUUUUCCCCUUCAAAAAUGAAGGGGCAAUGUGUGUGCGUCCUAUGGAGCGAAGACGGCAUAGCCCCGCGACCCUCUGCUGGCUGGAGAGGUGACGCGCGGCUAGGGCAGGAGCCUCUAUAGCCGCGCGCCACCUCUCCAGCCGGCAGAGCGUGCGCGGGGCUAAAGAAGCCCCACUUACCCUCUCCCCGUUGGAGAGGUGACACGCGGCUAUUGCAGCAGCCUCUUUAGCCGUGCGCCACCUCUCCAGCUGGGAGAGCGCGUGCGGGGCUAAAGAAGCCAUAGCCCCGCGACCCUCUCCCAGCUGGAGAGGUGACGCGCGACUAUGGCAGCAGCCUCUCCGCUGCACGCCUUUCCGCUGCUCCCCGACCUGCUCUUUGGGGCUUCCAAGGUAGCCGCCUGAACUCACCUUAAACGGCACCAUGUUUUAGAGGGGGAAAACACAAGGGGGGAAAUUCUCCCCCUCUCUGCGCAGCGCCUCCUGCCGCUUCGCUGAAGGGGCACUGGGCAGAGAGGGGGAGAAUUUUUUUUCUUGUUCUCCCCCCUCUAAAACAAGGUGCAUCCUAUUGUCCGGUGCGUCCUAUGGUGCGAAAAAUACGGUAAUGGAAAAUAGGUUAAUCCGUUCCAGACGAUGAAAAAUAACCCCUAAAACAGAAAUUUAACAUGAAUUUUACUAUCUAACGAUACCAUUGAUCCAUAAAAUAAAAGCAAUGUACUGUACUAUAAAAUAAAUAAGACUGUAUUGAUGAUUCUUUUUUAAAAAAAGAAAAUGUGAUUUUUUCUUACCUGAACUGAUGAUAGUCUUCCACGGCUUCAGGGGUGGGAUGGGGGCUGCAGCAAGGCUUCCUGUGGCCGGAGCCCUUCCACCGGCAGUGGAGCACGUUCGGCUUCCGAGGCAAAGUUCACUAACCGGAACACCUACUUCCGGUUUUGUGGAGUUCGUUUCCCAAAUAGUUCGUUAACAGGACUGUUCAUAGACCGAGGUACUACCGUAUUACACCCAGGGUGUUAUGAGAUUAGGAUUAAGUUCCCUAUCUGAGGGGGAAUUUGGCCUCUUUGGGCCCUGUUCUCCUGCCUCAGUUUGAACUGGCGGGCCCAAUCUGGCUUCAAGGGAGAAUAUAGGAAAAAAAGAGGUAUAGUCUGAGUCGUGCUCAGUCGUAUAUAUACUUGAGAGAAUCUCCUUUAACACGCAACAUGCAUAGGAUUGGGCUGCAAUUAAUAAAGCUGCGGCUGGUGGGCAGGAAUAAUGUAUUUUUUGCUCCAUAAGACGCACUUUUUUCCUUCUAAAAAGUAAGGGGAAAUGUCUGUGCGUCUUAUGGGGCGAAUUCGUGGUCCCUGGAGCCGAAUUGCUCUUUUUUUAUAGAAAGAGGGAAGGGGGUCUUGAAACAAAGCCGGUGAUCAGCAAGCGAUCAGAAAGGGGAGAUAAGGGACUCUAGAGAUAAAGGAGGCUGCCUGGGAGGGGGGAGGUAAAAGCACAUGGAUCCUCAGGAUUUUUGCAUUGGGUCACCCCAAAUUCUCCAUCAGAUCACAUAGCAUGUCCAUGGCUACAGCCCUCACCAAAAAAACACACGCAUCCACUGUUUCACCGAGUUGCAAUGGCUCAAAAACGUGUUUACAAAGCACAGAUCCACAAGGAUCCUCAGGAUUUUUGCAUUGGGCUACCCCAAACUCACCGUCAAAUCACAUAUCAUGUCUGUGGCCACAGCAUGAACCACAAAAAUCAUACAUCCACUGUUUCGUUCAGAAUGUUUUUUUUCCUUGUUUUCCUCCUCUAAAAACUAGGUGCGCCUUAUGGUCAGGUGCGUCUUAUGGAGCGAAAAAUACGGUAUGUGGCAGGGUCUCGAUUCCUUGUUAGCAAAAGGAAAAGGAAAGAGAGUUCUGGAAUGUGGGGUUGUCUAAUCCGCUCCCCAUUUCUUCACUGCUAUGUUUUAUGCCAUAAAGCAAGUGAUUCACUUAGGCAGAUUCUUCCUGGUAGCUCGCACCCAAGAAGCUGGGAGUAUUUGUCUCGAUUACCAAAAAAAUGCAAACCCUCUCUAGACAUGAAAGCGUUUCCUCCCUGCAUGAUGGCAUUUCUUAUAAAUGCAGCUGACUUCCUGGCAGUAGUUGCUGUUCCUUUAUUUUGUUUGUGUUGACACUUGGGUAAAGGGGUGUGUGUUUUUUUUAAUUUCAGACUUUCUUCCUCAUACCUGACCUAAAACAUGGUUAAAAUGUAGGGGAGAAUGGGGCUGUGCCAAAUGGAACUGAAAGCAGUUUUGUCUCAAAUAAGGGUGUCUAUAGCAAUGCCUCAUGUAAGCAAGAAAAACUGGAUCUUUUAAUUCCAAUUUCUAGAGUGCUGUCUAGCUGUAAUUUUCACAAGUGACUCUGCGCUGAAGAUAAUGCGUUAUCUAAAGUUUUCCCUACCUUUGACCACCUUUCUUUCUUUCUUUCUUUCUUUCUUUCUUUCUUUCUUUCUUUUACUAGGCUAGUGUGUAAGUUAUUUGUUUGAUUGUGGUAAUUUUUUUGCUAGAGAUAGGGAGGGGAGUUCCAUUUUUCUGAUGGAAAAUAAUUGGUUCAGAGAGUGGAGUUUCAAAUAGCUGUUCCUUAGCGAGUUCCUGUGGGAGACAGCUUCAGCUCUGUAGCCAAGGAAGGGAAUUGAGAGAGAAGGAGCACCUAUUAGUCAUAAUAUUUAUUAUCCAUAUGCUAGGUUGUCUUGCUUUCUUUUGGGGUCUCUUCAUGUGACAGUGUUAAAAACUGGCAUAGAAAAGCUAGGAGCCAAAUGGCUCCUGGGACUUGGGUUGUGGGUCCCAAAACAGAAUGUCUAGUCGCCUUUGGGGGGGGCGUCUGCAACACUUUUAAUUAUUUUGAUAAGCAUGAACUAAUAUGCAAUUCACAUAAGUGACAUAUUGUUAAUAUCACAUUUUUAACAGAAAUUGUUAAUACAUGUUUAAUUUGGAGUUGACAAUAAAAUUAUUGGUACCGUACUUCAGUUUUCAAAACACUCUACUCUUUAUUGUUAAACUCCUUAACAUAUUGCCUAUCCUUAAUAUAUACUUUGAGGCUUCAAAGCACAUACAUUUCAGUAAUCCUUGAGUGUUAGCCAGGCACACACAAAAACCAAACUUUUUGAGGUGCUUGCAAAUGGAGAAUCUUUAGGUGCAAAAUGUGCUUGGCACUCUGCCAAUUUCGAACCCUGCACCUGUACAGCUUAAAAUGUUAACAUGUUACCUGCUUUAUUGCAUUUGUAUCCCAUGUUUCCUCUAAUGCAGGCAUGUCCAAAGUCCGUUUUGGGGGCCUAAUUCGGCCCCCUGGUCAGUUUAAUCCUAAAAAAAGCUCAACAACUUUGGUCAGCCUUCACACAUGUUCACUUCAUCAAAUGUGGCCCUUUUUGAAAAUAGUUUGGACACCCCUGCUCUAAUGAGUUCAAGGCAGCGUACGUCAUCAUCAUCAUCUGUGAUAGGACUCAAGGUGGCUUACAAUAAUUGCUAAAAGCAUAUGAAACAAAUCAUUAAAAAGAAAUUAAACAUAAAAUUAUGUACAUUAUUAUAUAUCUUUUUCCCUCUCCCUCCCCUUCCACUUCCUUUUUCAUCCUCAUGACAGCCCUCGUUAAGUUCGCUUAGGCAGAGAGUUGACAGUUGGCCCUGUGAGAUGGUGACUGGCCCAAGGGAAUCAAGUGAGAUUCGCAGCUGAGGAGUGAUCCCACUCUGGAUCUCCCCAGUCUUAAUCCAGCAUUCUGUAGUCACUGCACCACACCUCUUUCAACUGUAUAGCUUUGUAGAUUUAGCACAUCAAAUGUGCUUGUGCAGACGCAGACUUGCCACUGGUACAUAAUUCACAUGGUCUGCCAUGCCCUCUAGAGCGGAUUAGAGGUGGCAACCCUGACUUUGCCCCCUGUAAUGUGUGAAAUGGCAUCCUGUGUCUUUUGCACGCUAUUCUGAUGAGCAUUCCAGUCUCUGCAGCUGAGGUGGCUAACCUUUCCCCCCUCCACCGCGAGGACCGCAUUUACCCUUGGCCAACUCAGUGUGGAUAAUAUGGCAGUGUGACCACCCUACUACACUCUUCCACAAGUUCAAGCAUGGUGAUGCAGACUGGCACACAGCCCUCCCUCCUCCACUGAUCCAUGCAGAUCAGCUGAGGGGGCGAGGGAAUCACCACUUUUCUGCUCAUUAAAUGUUUGAUCUGUUUACAGAGGAGGAAUUUAUGUCACUGGGAGGGCAUAGGUCUCUGGGCACCCCACUGCUGUGUCUACUCUACCUGGGGUAGUUGUUGGGUUUUUUUAUUUUUUAUUUUUAUUUUUUAAAAAUGAUAUUUAUUAAGGUUUCAAAAAAAGGAUACAUAAAAAUAAAAAAAAUAAAAAUACAAAAUACAAAAAAAAACACACAAUUAAAAACAAUUCCAUCUUUUCAUCACUUCUCUUUCAUUUACUUGUUUCCCGGACCUCCUCAUACCUCCCUUUUUUGUAUUCCAGUUCAAUUUAUUAGUCCAGCAAUUCCUUUCCCUCCUUUUUAAUCCUGAUCUUUAAUCUUCAUAUGUUGGGUUUUUUUAUUUUGCCACUGCUGCCAAAAUGGCAGGGAGGGAGUUGUGGGGUGGGAAUCAGGCCCCUAAUCUGGAGGACAGCCUCUCCUGCUUUAAAGAAUACGGAGUACACUUUUGUUCUGUUCCACCAGGUUCCGUCUCCAUGCCGCAAAUGUUGGCUCAAAGUUUGUGCAGUCUCUGAGUCUUGCCACUCUGAAUGCAACUGUAAGAGACGAGAGCACAAAUAAAUGAUUGCUUGUGUCUGCAUGCCUUGGUGUGUUGAGAGCCUUUUCAGCUGACAUUACUGCUCCUUCCAUCUCUACACACACACACACACACACACACACACACACGUGUUUUUCACAGUCAAAGCUGGCAUAGUCUGUUGGGGUGAAGCCUUAGUUGCCACGGAGACUGUCUUGCACUUUGUGCAUCCAGGAGGGGCGAGGGAAGAGGAGAGAGAAAGGAGGAGACGCUGGUGUGUGUUUUGACUGUGAAGUGGAGGAAAUGAGAUUCUCUUGGCAUGUGGGGGUAAAGGAUGCCAAAGAUCCGAGUAAUUUAGAAUAGAGUGGGAGGGGUAGGUCCAUGGAAAGGAAGCCAGUUGCUUACUUGGCAGAGGUGAGAUUCCACUAUUUCCAGAAUCCUUGUACAGUCAUACCUCAUGUUACUUUUCUUCAGGUUGAGCAUUUUCAGGUUGCGUCCCGCGGUGACCCAGAAGUACCAGAAAGGGUUACUUCUGGGUUUUGCCGCAUGCGCAGACGCGCAAAAUGGCAUCACGCGCAGACGCGGCGAAUCACAACCCGUGCUCACGCAGAUGUGCAGACGCGGGUUGCAUUCUGUUUAUGUUGCAAACGGGCCUCCGGAACAGAUCCCGUUCGCAACCAGAGGUACCACUGUACUUGCAGGAACCUGGCCUUCCACUUCAGAGUUUGUCUUGGGGACCAACUCAAGGCAUUUUGGUGUCGGAGGCAGGAAAUCAAAAUGGCAACCGCCAGCUCUAAUUCAUAUGGGGAAUAAUCUACCGGGCAGUUCUCCCAAGCAAGUCUCAUUGGCACCAAUGGGAGAUGGGCAGAGAAUGAAAUCACCACAAGGCUUCCUCUGUGCUCACCUUAACCAGGAGAUUGGGAAAAUGACUUGUGAAUAUGUUUGCCAUUAUACUUAAAAGAUUCUUUGUGAACCUCCUGCUGCAAAGGUGGAGAAGUAGGCUCUAUCCCGUCGCUGUCAAAUGCCUGUGAGUGUGCCUUGAUUGGCUAGCUUUUUAAAUGGGGAGGCAAAGCACACUGAUCCCGUCUGUUAAAUAUUCAGUAGGAAAGCAAGAGGCGUCCCUGCAUGGGAAAUAUCUUGGCUGCUGCACAAAUAAGCUAAGGAUAGGACGCUUGCUGUCAGUCAUUGGCCUGGUCCUCUUGUGACAAUGAGAUGCUGUAGCAGCUGCGGAGUCAAGGUAUGUAUUUGGCAACCCUGCUACUCAAUGGUUUGUGCUCAAUAAUGAUUUGAUGUUAAGGAAAAGCUGGGUGUAGUUAUUGAUGGUGGCUGGUCAUUAGGUCCCAGUGAGAACUGUAAAAUGACACCUUGUCUUCUGGAGUUGUUGGCUCAGCGUGGUUCUAUCUUUGUUCAGGAAUUCUUGCCUGCAUAAUCAAAAGCUUGGAGUCUUCAUCAGGGUACUACUGCCUUCUUUCAUAUGCUGGAAACUAGACUGGAAAGAAAUCUCAUUUGCCUGGUUACCUGGGUUCAGUUCAUACAUAGUAUCAAGCCAUGACUCCUUCAUCCUGGGCUGUGUUCAGAAAGUGGUGUUGGGGAUGAGUGUUCCAACCCCUUGGCUCUCACUUGUGGGGUGCCUUGGGGCUCCGUCCUCUCCCCCAUGCUUUUUUCUAUAUCAAGCUGCUGGGAGAGAUCACCAGUAUGGGCUCGGUGUUCACCAGUAUGCGGAUGAUACCCAGCUCUACUUCUCUUUUAAAUCAGAACCAGUGAAGGCGGUGAAUGUCCUAUUUGAGUGUCUGGAGGCUGUUGGAAGAUGGAUGACAGUUAAUGGAUUGAGGUUGGAUCCCAACAAUACAGAAGUGCUGUUUUGGGGAGACGGGGUGGGUGGGUGUGAGAGACUCUCUGGUCCUGGAUGGAGUAACUGUGCCCCUGAAGGACCAAGUGUGCAGCCCUGGAGUCAUUUUGGACUCACAGCUGUUCAUGGAGGCAGAAGGUCAAUUCUGUGUCCAGGGCAGCUGUCUACCAGCUUCAUUCGGUACACUGGCUGAGACCCUUCUUGCCAGAGUGCCCUGGUUAUCUCCUGCUUGGACUACUGCAAUGCACUCUACGUGGGGCUACCUUUGAAGGUGACUCAGAAACUACAACUAAUCCAGAAUGCAGAAGCUAGAGUGUUGACUGGGAGUGGCCACCAGGUCCAUAUUACAAUGGUCCUAAAGGAUCUACUCUGGCUCCCGGUAAGUUUCCGAGCACAAUUCAAAGUGUUGGUGCUGACCUAAAUGUCCUUGGCCCUAUGUACCUGAAGGAGCGUCCCACCUCAUCUUUCAGUCCGGACACCAAGCUCCAACUCCGAUGGCCUCCUGAUGGUUCCCUCACAGCGAGAAGUGAAGUCACCAGACAGGGGACCUUCUCCGUAGUGGCACCUGCCCUGUGGAAUGCCCUCCUGUCAGAUGUCAAGGAAAUAAAUAACUAUACAACUUUUAGAAGACAUCUGAAGUCAGCCCUGUAUCAGAAAGUUUUUAAUGUUCAAUGUUUUAUUAUGUUUUUAUAUGUUGGAAGCUGCCCCAGAGUGGCUGUGGCAACCCAGCCAGAUGGGUGGGGUAUUAUUAUUAAUAAUGUUGUUGUUGUUGUUGUUGUUGUAACUAUGGAAGAUUUAGAUUUGUUUUGUUAUCUCAUCCAACUUCCAAGGAACUCCUGGAGACCUACCUCUUUCUCUUUCUCCUCCAUUUUAUCCUCUCAACAAUUCUGUGAGGCAGGUUAGGCUAAGAAAUAAGGACUGACCAAAGAUCGUAUACUGGCAUAAUGUCAUCUUAAAAAACAAUGGCUUGUUUUCAGCCAGCAAACCAGAAUAUGGAAACAUGGUUUGAAAUGUAUUUGCAAGCCAUGGUUUGAUGUGGUAUCUGAAUAAUAGUAGUCAUUGCUCCACCUCUAGAGGAACAGAAAUACUGAGCAGAUGGAAGACGAAAGCUGACAUUCAUCGUACCUGAGACUUCCGGGGUGGCGCCACCGGCAAUGGCGGACUCCCUCUGAACUGGAGGGACUAGCUCCACGGAAAACGGGUCUUCUCCGCUACAGCGAAGCGGGGACCCACUUAAAAAUCACAGGCGGAUGAAGCCUGUGACCAUGGGACUCGGCGGGCACCUUUAGCGCGCCCCCCAACCCGCUAAGGAACCCACUAACGGGCUCCGAAGUGAAGAGGGGGAAGUGGUGCUGUGAGUCAACUGCUAUUUCCGUGGAGCGAAGCCGCAUAGCUGUUGCCGGAGAGCGCUGCCUUUUUCCUGGGACAAUUUGGACUUUAAAAUAAGCACCCGUGAGUACUUAGACUUUGAACAAUUGGACAUCAAAUAAGGACUUGCGAGUAGGAAAGAAUCGGACUUUAAAAAUUUACUUGAAUUUGGUACGGAAUGGGAAGGUCUAAACAGGAAGUCACCCUUCCGUUCUUUUGUAAACAGAAUAAAGCAAAGGCAAUUUAAACUAGAGCUCAGGAAAUCGCCUUUAAAAGAUUGGAUUUCACCAUUUAAAAUUGUGGAACCCCCCUUCGACAGCAGGAGAAGGGGGGGAUCUUUUUGGACUGUUUCAAGUGACUUUAAAGUGAAAUAACUUUCCUCCGUCCUGAUCCUGGAGCGGGCUGUCAGGACUGACGUGUGAAGUUCAUUAACCAAAGACAAGUGUUUUUGACAGAUGGCUAAAAGAAGAGAAACCUAGUGAUUCCACUGUUCCCUUUUACAUUUUAAAGGAUUAUAUAUGGACAAAGUAUCUUAAAAAAGGAAACUUUGUUGCAAGAAUAAAUAGAAGUCUUCCCCCUAGGGGGAGUCUGUGAAAUUGUAACUGUGAAACUGUAACUAACUCCAGGGAGUCGACAGCUGUUACAGAUUACAACCGUGGGAACAAGUAUCUGACCUUGUAGGACAAUGUAUUCAGAAGCCUUGUUGUAUGCUCUCUAUAAAACAAACGAUCUACUGGAACAGUUACACGAGAAGGUGAAUUGGAUGGCGACUUCGACUAGAAAUUUUGAACAGGCAGUGGGAAACUUUGAACAGACAGUGGGAAAAUAUGUGGAGCCCACUCAGGAUUUAAAUCAGGAGUGUGUCUUGACAGAACAGGAGUUUUUGACAUUAAAUCAGGAGUGUGUUUUGACAGAACAGGCCCAACAGGAAUAUGAUUGUUUGGAUUUGACAAAUGAACUUGGAAAAAGCCAUAUCUGGAAAGGAAAAGUUUGGCUCGGUUUGGAAAUGGGGGGCUGGAUUGACCCCCCUAUGCUGGGAUGUUUGGACUUUUCAAAUAUGGCAACGGGCCGUGAGAUGUUUGGGACUGUGGGGGCUCUCAAUUUUGGAGGGCCUUUGAAACAUGCUUUUAAAUACUACAUGGAAUUCAUUGUUGAACAUGGGAAAGGGGCUGAUCUGUUGAGAAGGGUUAAAAACAUUGUCAAGCUGGAGUUACCACGAGCAGGAGACAAGGGAAAAUACAGUUACAAAUAUGAAGAAGAGCCGCGGAAGGGUCAUGGAAGAGACUUGAGGGCCUUGGACAUAAGGUUGCCAGGUUAAUGGGCUAGAUUGACGGGAAUAAGGACUGACAAAACCCGGAACCAGGAGGAAGGGACGCUGGAUGAAGAUUGGAUCUGUUUAUACCUCUUUUUUCAACCAUUAGAACUGUUUUAUAAAAUUGAUGAAUGAUAGAAGAAUGUUGGAAUGAAAUUACUUGGCUUUAGCAAAGAUGUUUAAAGAAUUAUGAAAGAAUAUUAUGAUUAUGAGAAGUUGGUAAGGAUAAGAUUUAAGUUUUAAGUUUUAAGGUUUAUUUUAUUAUAGAAAGAUAAGGUCAAGGAUUUGCUGGGAUAAUUAAUAACUAGGAUACAAAGAAAGGGAGGAGGAGGAGGUCUAAGAAAGAAGGUAAUGACAGUUAAGGAUUUGAAAAUAAUGAAUUUGUUUUUAAAUGUUUUUAAAGUUUUGUGAUUUUUGCAUUCUUCUUUUUUUCUUUUUUUCUGUCAUUUUUUCUCAUUUGGAAUUUUUUUGUAUAUGGUGGGAAGGGGUUGGGGUUUUUUUUCCUUUCUUUUUCUAUUUUGUCAGUUAUUUUUAUCUUUUGUACUCUCUUCCGCUUCUAUUUUAUUUUUUCUCUUUUUUGUAACAUUUUGAAAAUCUCAAUAAAUAUCUUUAAAAAAAAAAAGACAUUCAUCAUACCUGUUGCAUGUUUGGAUGCUGUGAUUUGAGUUUUAAAAGACAAUUGUGUGACUCUUAGUUUGACAUGCUGCUCAAGUUGAACCCUAUGGGCUUUGACACAUUUUUAAAAAAAAUAUGCUGUAGUGUUGGUUCCAAGGAAUUUGAGAUUGUUUUUCCAGCCCUUCUGGGUUGCUUAUCUAUUUACCUUUCCGGUCUUGCUGUGCUAGAUUGCCCAAAGCGCUGAGCUUUCCUUCAUUUUAUAUUGGGGCGGGUAAGAUCCCAUUCAUAGUCCCUUGCAAUACUUGUUCCAAUUAAGAUGAUGAUGAAAGACGCUCCUGUAUUUGAGUGUGUGUGUAAGCAAAUGGGGAGUGGAAAACAAGGAUCUGCAACUGGCCAAUAAUCGCCAUAUUUCUUCCACGUUUAUAUGAGUCAAGGGUGGGGAACUUUUCUUUCUCUCAAGGGGUGCAUUCCUGGACGGUGGGAUAAUUUGGCACCAAUUUGGGCAGGAGCAAAGCCAGUGAUAGGUGGUGCCAGAGCCAAAAGUGGAUGGGCCCACCAGCUUGUCUCUCUUUCUUCCAUCCCCUUUUCUGCCUCUAUGCACACCCUCACAUGUCUGUCUUAGUCCUCUGCCCAGCAGGCUGCCAGAAGGAGGACAGAUUGCUCUUGCCAGAGCUCUGAACUGAUCUCUUACAGAGGGCUUCCUUCCUCCCCUCGCCACCGCCCCAUUCCUUCCCGUGUUCCCUCUGUUUUUGUCUUUCCUUCUGCCUUUCCUGAAAAUAGACUGAGGGCCACACAGAGCCCUUGGGCUGUAAUUUUCCUGUCCCUGAUAUUACUGCUGAAAGAUCCGGUUAAUUCUCCCCACCCCUGUCUAGCAGAGAAAUUGACUUUUUCGUUGAUGGAGAUCUAGUGUUGCAGCAGGAACCCAUGAAGUAAUAUACUGGUGAAAUAAUAGGAAAACUGAUCUAGCAAGUUGCCCACCUGUAGACCUGUCAUUUAAAUGCAUCUGUUGCUGCUAAUUAUAGUUUGGAGAGUGUGUGUGUGAUGGAGGAGAGAGAGGCCUCGUGAAAUGGUCCCCAAAUUUCAACGGGAACACAGUGUUUGAAGAGCUCAGGUGCUAUUUAUAACUGUUGAGACCUUGGCACUCUUUCAGAAAGCACCUGCCUUCCUUCUCCCCUGCUAUUCAGCUAGCACUGUCAAGGCGCUUCUUCAGCCCAAAGCUCACCUGAGCUGAAAAGGUGGUCUUGUAACUGAGACCUCCAAGUGACCUAAGUAUGUAAUAGGAGAUUGCCUUGUCUUGCUUCUACCACUACAGUUCUUUUGGUGAACUUCCCCAGAUCUGCUGGGGUUCAGUGGCAACUUAGCCAAAGGGGGGGCAAGGUGACAAGAUUGUGGGAUCCUCUCUAGUCAUGUUAGCAUGCUGCUUCUGUAGACAUCAGCGUUCUGUGAUCCAUUCUUUCCAACAGCCUCAUUUGUAUGAGGAUCUUUGCCUUGUGGCUGCAGUGUCUGUGCUUUGCUUAACAUUUUGUAUGAAGCCCUAGGGGGUCCAUCUCACGGUAGUCCGUAUGGCUUGUGCCUUGGUUGCCGUCUGGUAGUGGACACUCAACUUCCUGCAUGGGGGAACAUAAACAAUGAUCUUUGUCUUAGAAAUACAAAUACAACCAUGGUUUCCCAAGUGUACACUGAGACUGUUGUGGGAUUCUUGGAGUAAGGCCUUGAGUUUCUGAGAGCCAUAGUCCUGGUUAGUGGAGCUGAGGUGGAACAGAACAAGGAUUGGUAUGGAGAAGCUGGCUUCAGGAAGCUUUAUCAAACUGCUGCUCAGGUGUGCAGCCACCUCUCAGAUCUGAGUACAGUGGUACCUCAGGUUACAGACGCUUCAGCUUACAGACGCUUCAGCUUACAGAUUCCGCUAACCCAGAAAUAGUACCUUGGGUUAAGAACUUUGCUUCAGCAUGAGAACAGAAAUUGGCGAGGCAGCAGUGGGAGGCCCAUUAGCUAAAGUGGUGCUUCAGGUUAAGAACAGUUUCCGGUUAAGAAAGGACCUCCAGAACGAAUUAAGUUCUUAACCUGAGGUACCACUGUAUACUUUUACUAUGAGAAUUUUUUAUAAAGCAGCAUAUAAGCAUAACAAAUCCAGGAAUAUAACCCUGUCCAAGAGUAAAGGGGUGGGUGUUUGGUGGGGAUGGGGAAAUUGUGGCCUUCUAGAUGUUGCCAGACUCCCAACUCUGUCAGUACCACUUGUGGUCCAACAAGAGCUGGAGGGUGACUGUUUUCUCAUCCCUGGUGUAGAGGAUGGCUCUGUAUCCGAAAGUCAUACUCCUGAUACCAACUACUAUGCCCUGAGCAAAAUCCACUUCCAAAAUUGUGUAAGGACUGCCUUUCACCUACCCAGGCCCUGCCCCACUGCCUGUCCUCUCAAAGGUGAGCAAGGUAGCCCUGGUGCGCUUUAGGUCUGUCUGAGCCAGGGUGGAUUUGAUUUAAAUCAAAUCAAUUUAAACCACUAGUCAGUAAAACUUGAUUGAAAUCAUUUUUAUUUAUUUUUUUACAGAAAGUCAUUCCUGCUGGUAUAUUCUUAAUAUUUACAACCAGAUGAAGGUUUCAUUUUUUGGAAUAAUAAAUUUUCAGAGCAGUUUUUACAGUUAUAACAAAAAUUACUGAUUUGGUUAUACUAUUAGAAAUACAUAGACAUAUAAUUAUGAAAUUAUUGUGAGGUUUAAUAAGUUAACUGUUUAUAUUUGGACAACUUUUCUGCUGUACUUUAUUGGAAGGAGAAAAAUAAUCAUUUCCUUAAUAACAAUUUAAACAAUUUAUUUAACUAAAACAAUAACAUUAUGGCAUAUGUAUCCAUGUUUGUUAACUGAUGUGGUUAAACAUUUUUUAAAAAAAACAAACACACACACACACCUCAGCACACAUGAAAAACUUAAAACAAAUCCUUAUUUCCUGAUGGCCUUUGGACUAUAAUGUAACUUAAUAAAUAGAAAAGUAUCUUUAGGAAGAUAUUUUCCUCCAAAAGCAUUUUAUUUUAAAAAUCCAAUAAAAAUUUUAAAAAAUGAUUUUUUAAAAAUCGAUUUAAAAAAAUCCUAUUUCUUUGAUAUAUAUUUUAAAAAAUCAUUGAUUUUUAUCCACCCUGGCCUGAAAAACUCUUCCUGAAUCAGCUGCUGGAUUGCUCAUGAUAGUGCCAGCAGCCCUUGGGGCAGGAGAAAGACAGGAUGUUCGUCAUGGCCAUUUGGUAAAUGGAUCCUGUGAUUAUGGGCUCAUCUCUUCCCAAUCCCCUCAGUCAAUAAGUAUGCUGUAUAAUAUACAGUGUAUAUCCAUGCACUGUUGGAGCAAGAGUAGCCAAUGAGAGCUACUUCUGGUGCUAAAUGCUCCUGAUCAGGAUCUGUCGCUUCUGUUUCCACUAUCAUUAUCAGCUACUUCUACUGUCAUUCCCAGAAAGUACCCUAGGAGGAGAUGACUUAAGUGAAUUUUUGAAAAGAGCCUUUGAUCUUGAAAAUUUUGAAAGAAAUUUUUAAGUGCCGCAGAAAAAAGCUGACGAGGACCUGCUCCCUGGUCCUUCCUUUCAUCUUCUUGAUGGCUUCUCCAGCCAUUUUUAUCAACAGUGGUGUGAAAUGCCCUGGUCCUGAGGUUCCGCGUCUAGGCUCUAGAUGUUUUGUUUUCUAAGUGAGAUUCUAAUUAGGAUCAUAAGAGGCUGCCUUAUUCUGAAUCAGACCCUUGGCCUAUCAAACUUGGCCCAGUAUUGUCUACACACUGACUGGCUAGAGAUGUGUAUGGUUUCAGAUGGAGAAUUUCUCCCAGCCGUACUGGGACCUUCAGAAGCAGAGGCCACUGAGCUAUAGCCCAUUCCCCCAGAGGGGGGAAAAACCCACAAUUCUUCAUCUUACUAUUUAUGUAGUGUCAUGGGUACUACAUAAGAGUGAUAAAGAAACAGGUUCCUGCCUUGAGGAGUUUGCAGUCCAAAAUUCAAAACAGGGGAAAGCUACAGAAUGCGAGAAGGAAGAGGAGUUCAUUAAAAGUUCAAGCUAACAAGUUUGGUUUAGGUAGGGUUGCCAUAUUCCCCGAACUUUUUACCGAUUUUGCAAAAAUCUGCCCGAAUGCCAAAAUGCUGCCCAAUUCCAGGACAUGUCCGGGAAAAUCUUGGACAAAUGUUAGCCCUAGUUAGGGCCAAAGAAGGUGAUGGAAAUUCUUGGAACUGAAUCUCCCAUGCAAUAAUUCUUUUAAGUUUCAAAGAACUAGUUUGGGGAGGAGGGUUAGCAACAUGAGUUUUCCUGAUCUAAAUCAACCUUCAGCUGCUUUGAACUGUAAAGCAAAGCAAAGCUGGAUCUCCCAUCACAGUUAGAAGGGGAUGCAGACUUGGGUUGGGGGAAGGAGGUUGUGCAAAAAGAUUCAUGGGAGCAGUGGGUUUUUUGGCGGGAUUUGUAGGAGGAGAUGGAGUCAGCCUCGCAAAGGACAUAUGGGAGGGAAAGCUUCUUUGAGUUCCAUCAGGGAAAAUAGUAGUAGUAGUAAUAAUAAUAAUAAUAAUAAUAAUAAUAAUAAUAAUAAAUUGGCGGUUGGAGGAUGGAUGGCGGCUAACAGAUUGAGGUUGAAUCCUGACAAGACAGAAGUACCAUUUUUGGGGGACAGGAGUCGGGCAGGUGUGGAGGAUUCCCUGGUCCUGAAUGGGGUAACUGUGCCCCUGAAGGACCAGGUGCGCAGCCUGUGAGUCAUUUUGGACUCACAGCUGUCCAUGGAGGCACCGGUCAAAUAUGUGUCCAGGGCAGCUGUUUACCAGCUCCAUCUGGUACGUAGGCUGAGAUCCUAUCUGUCUGCGGACUGUCUCGCCAGAGUGGUGCAUGCUCUGGUUAUCUCCCGCUUGGACUACUGCAAUGCGCUCUAUGUGGGGCUACCUUUGAAGGUGACCCGGAAACUACAACUAAUCCAGAACGUGGCAGCUAGACUGGUGACUGGGAGCAGCCGCCGAGACCAUAUAACACCGGUCUUGAAAGACCUACAUUGGCUCCCAGUACGUUUCCAAGCACAAUUCAAAGUGUUGGUGCUGACCUUGAAAGCCCUAAAUGGCCUCAAAGGCCCAGUAUCCCUGAAGGAGCAUCUCCACCCCCAUCGUUCUGCCCGGACACUGAGGUCCAGCUCCGAGGGUCUUCUAGCGGUUCCCUCACUGCAAGAAGCCAAGUUACAGGGAACCAGGCAGAGGGCCUUCUCAGUAGUGGCGCCCUCCCUGUGGAACUCCCUCCCACCAGAUGUCAAAGAGAACAACAACUACCAGACUUUUAGAAGACAUCUGAAGGCAGCCCUGUUUAGGGAAGCUUUUAAUGUUUGAUGUAUUACAGUCGGUGGAAGAAGAUUGGAAGAAAUUUAAAGAUUAUUUACGGAAACAUUGCAAAAUCAAUGAAUGUUAGAGUGAUGUUGGAUUGAAGUUAAGUGGCUUCUAGCUGAAUAGGUUUUAAGGCUACAAAUGUAUCAAGAUUAAGGACUAGGACCAAAAAGAUUAAGAGAAAUGGAAAAAUUGGUUUAAACAGGUAAAAAUCUAAUGUCAUAAUAUAUCAAGAUUUAGGACUGGAAUUAAAAAGGAGGGUAAGAAAUUGCUGGGUUUACAAACUGAAAUGGAAUACAAAAGAGGGAGGUAUGAGGAAGUCCGGGAAAUAAGUAAAUUUAAAAGAGGUUAUGAAAGGACGGAAUUAUUUUUAAUUGUUUUUUGUUUUUUGUUUUUUGUGUUUUUUUACUUUUUUCUAUUCUGUACUUUGUAUUUUGUAUGGUGUAUUUUUCUUUGUUUUUGUUAAAAUUUUUGUGUUUAUCAAUGUGAUUUUAUUUUUUCUGAAACUUUAAUAAAUAUUAAUUAAAACAAAUUAAUGUUUGAUGUAUUACAGUAUUUUAAUAUUUUUUGGAGGCCGCCCAGAGUGGCUGGGAAAGCCCAGCCAGAUGGGCGGGUUAUAAAUAAUAACAAUAAUUUAUUAUUAUUAUUAUUAUUAUUAUUAUUAUGGUUUAAAGCAGAAAAGAAAGCAAAUGCUGACUCACAAAGAAAUGUUGCUUUUUUUCCCCUUUUCCUUGAUUUUGAGAAGUAUAUAAUCCGUACCCACUCCCAAACAUUGGUCUGCAUGAUGCUCCCAGUUCCAUGGCUGAUAUACCAGUAAUCUGGUCAUUGUCUGUAGCUCUUGUUGAUAGGAUUUAGUGCCAUUGUUCUUGGCAUUUGCUGUUUCUAUUGAGCAACUUUAUUGAUGAUGUAGUAGAGCUUUUAUCUUGGCGAUAAAAGCCUUGGCACGACUUCAGUGCAAAGAAUCAAGACUUUUCUGAAGCCUUUGGUCUUGAUUGGCUAAAUAAAAGCAGCGCCCUGGGGAGUCGCUGUGGAAUGGCUACAAAUGACCAAAACCUCCUUUAUUGGGUGCCCUGUUUUGUGAGUAAGCCUGAAAGCAAAUCUUUGUGAAAACAGAGAUGCGAUGCUGUGUUUUCCUGAGCUUUAAGCCAAUAUAUCUACUUCAGGACCGAACAAUUCAUUCAGCAAAAGAAGUUCACACUGAAACUAUAUUGUGAGCUGGAGGUCAGAAGGUAACCUGUGCAUUCUGAUAAGAUGUCAGUGGCACAGCCAGAUUUGAAAUUCUGUACAGUUUUGGUCACUUCCAAUUGAAUUCAAUUUGGGUGACCCAAAUAAUCAAGAAGUUGAGCACCUUCCUCCACAAGUAAGAGAUAAAUCAUUUGGAGCUUCUUAGCUUGGGGUGAGGAAUAGCCAAAGUGGUGUGUGUGUGUGUGUGUGUGUGUGUGUGUGUGUGUGUGUAAAGGUAAAGGGACCCCUGACCAUUAGGUCCAGUCGUGACCGACUCUGGGGUUCAUCUUGCUUUAUUGGCUGAGGGAGCCGGUGUACAGCUUCUGGGUCAUGUGGCCAGCAUGACUAAGCCACUUCUGGCAAACCAUAGCAGCGCAUGGAAAUGCCAUUUGCCUUCCCGCUGGAGUGGUACCUAUUUCUCUACUUGCACUUUGACGUGCUUUCAAACUGCUAGGUUGGCAGGAGCAGGGACCAAGCAAUGGGAGCUCACCCCGUUGCGGGGAUUCGAACCGCUGACCUUCUGAUCGGCAAGUCCUAGGCUCUGUGGUUUAACCCACAGCGCCACCCGCGUCUGUGUGUGUGUGUGGCAUUGUACAAAGCAUUAUACCUCUUACAAAGGAAAGAGUUGCAUCCGAAGCUCUGCCCACUCUUCCCUCUGGCCCUGCCCACCGCUAGAAUUAGAAUGUGGACCCUGGUAGGUUGUCCACAACAGAACAUGGCCCACAGCCUGGAAAAUGUUCUCCACUCCUGAUUUAGUACAUUUAUAUGACACCUCUCUUCAUGAAACUCGAGCCAGUUUGCAUGGGGGUUUCCAGACCCUCUCGUAUGAGCACUGACCAGACCUAGGCCUUCUUGGCUUCAACAGGGUUUGUGUACCAUCCAUGUGUCUCAAGACCACCACCACCACAACAACAAGAAAAUACAUCAUGUGGAGAAUAUCAGCAUAACACUUUUUCUCUCUGUCAAACUUCUAGCCUUGAAGGCCACCCAAUGAAACCAACAGAUAGUAGUAGAUUCAGGACACACAAAGUACAGUAUUACUUCGCACAAUGCCUCCAGAUGGGAUGAUGUCUACAGGCUUAAAUGAUCCCAAAAUGGAAUUUGACAGUUUCAGGAAGGAUAAGCCCAUUCAUCUCAAUGGGGCUUCUUCGGGAGAACUUUUCCAGCGGAUUGCAUUGGACAGAAAUCUUGUUAUUCACGUAGGCUUUUAAAUAUUGCUGUCUGGCCUUUUAUCUGCUGGCCUCAUGUUUUAUUUGUGGUUUUAUAUAUAUGGAUUUGUUUUUUAACCUUUUAAAACUGCCCUGGAAUCAAUUUUGAUGAAGUUCGUUAUCAACAAUGUUUUAGAUUAAUGCAUUUUGCUCUGUAACUGACAGAUCCGGACUUUACGCCUUAUUGCAGUCAUUUAACAAAAAUUUAAAUGGUUUGUUGAAUGGUUUGUUCUGCAGCCAUGGAGAAUAGGUAUUUCUGCUUAUGCUCUGAUUUUUCAAUAAUCUUCCCAGACUGCACAAUGGGUACUUGUUCCAGGACUAAGCACUUCCUCCUUCCAACUUAGUCCCAAGGUGAAUCUGAAUUAAAAAAGUAGGCUGCAUCUGAAUAGAUAUUGGAUUAGAUCAAGACCCUGAGUCUCUUAGUUUGCCUGCUGUCUAGAAUGCAAAGGGAUUAGAGUGCAGGAAGUGGACUGCUCCUUUUAAUGAAGGCAUCAAUCACGUCAGCUGCUGCUGCUGUCAAAUUCUUCACCAGUUCUGGUGCUGUAGCCAUAGAGCAGUCAUGUCCAACCGGUAGAUCGCUGUGUGUCCCUGGUCGAUCGCAGGAUCCUGAUUGAUCGGCCCCUACCCAAAAGUUCAACAAUUCUGGGUAGAUCACUGCUUGCUAGUGUGUGUGUGUGUGUGUGUGUGUGUGUGUGUGUGUAGUGGGAGUAGAUCGCAGUCUCUUGGAAGUUGGACGUGCCUGCCAUAGAGGAACCAAUGCACGGUUCAUAACAUUUCAUAGAAUUUUCUUAAACAUAGGGUUGGAAUGGCCCACAAGGGUAAUCUAGCCAUGCAGGAAUCUUUUGCCCCAAGUGGGGCUCAAACCCAUGACCCUAAGUGUUAAGUUGUGGGUGAACAUAUCAGACGACACAGCGAUUCUCCAAACAGCUCUUGUUUAUUCACAGGUCAGAACAGAACUGAACUGAAGGGUUCAGCCAACCUACUUAGAUAGAGCUCAACUACAAAGCAACAGUAACAACUUUCUGUAACUAUCCAAUCACUGAACGUCGCUUUCGAUGCCUUAUUUGCAUAUGUGGACCUGAACUAUCUACAGUAUCCCCCUGCUGGCCCAGGGUGAGAACUUCAGUACAUAACACUAAGAGUUCCUCUGAUACUAUUCAGGUGGAAGAGGUGGUGAUGGCUGCAUUGUUUGCCCUUUGUAUAUGCUGUCCCCUUGUGUCAUCGUAUCCUAGCUGGCAUGUAGAAACUCUUGCUGAUACCUGGGACUGGGGUGGGGGGGGACAGCCAGACCUGGUGUGCAUGUUCCUGCAGCAACUUUACUACAGUUGGGUGAGAUCCAGUUAGGCUGGCCGUGUUUCUUGGAUUGCAAGAUGAGGGCCGGCCAAAGGAGUGCCUUGCAACGUGAACAGAAAGGUUUAGCAGGUCUAUUCUUUCCCUUUAAGUCCCCUUCACUUCUGCAGCAGCUGCCUUGCCUUGGAUUGACGCCUGAACUUCUCGCCUUUCUGUGCCACUCCAACCUACUUGCCUCCUAAAAAUAAUACAUGGUGGCAGCGGUGGCUUGGCAAGGGCACCGCACAGCAAAUGCCAGCUUCCAAGGGUGACUCUGAAUGUCCUUCUGUUUUGAUGCCCCUUGCAAAUGAGCAGCGUCUUCAAACAGAAAAGCUGGGGAUUUCUGGAUGGCCAACUUGCCAAGCAGCUUUCAAAGAAGGCAGGGUUCUGCAGAGCCCUUCAGAGGAGAGGCAUGCAUAAUAUGAGGAUGCGUGCCUCACUGGUGUCCCUUCUCUCUUUCUGUAAAACCCUCCCACAUGACAUGGCCUGGCUCCAAAAGCCCUCUAGAAAAACAAGCUUUGCAAAGGCACAAACGAACCGAGGCAGCCAGCCCUGUGCCUGUGACGCUGUGUCCUGAGCCUCCUUCGUUCUGCUAAAAGUCCAGGCAUUUCAAGUUUCUGCAGAUAAAAUGGGUUAUGACUUCAUCAGGGCUGGGAUAAAAUAUUCUUAGGAGCUGGCAUCGGAUCUCGUGUGGGUGGCUGCAUUUCUUCCAGCCCUGGGCUUUCACGAUUUAGGUCUCUGUGUAGGAAGCUGGAUUCUAGAGUCAUCAUUUGACAGGUUUCUGGAAUUCCUGGUUUCAACCUUUAAUUUUAGUUUUUGGUGGCUUAGAUGCAUUUAACUGCAAGAUGUGUGUGUGUUUUGUUUUUGCCAACCUCCUCAGUGGAAGCAUUUCCUUUUGUAUUGUAUUUUACUGUGUCGUCCCCUACUUAGGCUCCCCACUCUAAAUACAGUGGUACCUCGGGUUACAGACGCUGCAGGUUACAUACGCUUCAGGUUACAGACUCCACUAACCCAGAAACAGUACCUCAGAUUAAGAACUUUGCUUCAGCAUGAGAACAGAAAUCGUGCUCCAGCGGCACGGCAGCAGCAGGAGGCCCCAUUAGCUAAAGUGGUGCUUCAGGUUAAGAACGGACCUCCGGAGCGAAUUAAGUACUUAACCCGAGGUACCACUGUACUUUAAUUUGAGGCUCUCCUUCUGUUACGCUGUUUGAUUUUUACAUUUUACAUUCCAUUAGGUCAAAUGCAGGUUUGUUUCAUUCAACAUUUAAAAAAAUGUACUACUCAAUAAAACAGCCAGUAUAUAAUUUAUUCCUUAGAUUUGGACCUUUCCCUUCUCCCAUUGGGUGAGUUGGGGUGGGUGGGCAGUUCCCAGAGUUUUCUAAGCACUGUUCAGAAGACCUACUUUGCUCUCAAUCUUAGAUUUUCUCCUUGUCGUAUUUCGUUGUCAUUCUCCAAAUAGCAGAAUAUCUGCUGAGUAUUAGAUAUUUUUGUGAGUUAUAUGUCGGGAUAUCUGGUAAUUGGCAUUAUUUAUUACCUGUUAUUCAUUACAUUUAUUAGUCAAUUUUAUUUGUACAAAAUGUGACCCAGAGUGACUUACAAAAUAAUGCAGACGUUAAAACCAAAUAUGCAAUUACCAUUUAGCAUUUGAUAAGUGGAAGGUGCUAGCAGAUUUAAACUGAGCUUUCAUAACUCCAGUGUCACAGUAAAAUUUAACACCCAAAACUUGAAAUUCUGGCAAAGUUUUGUUAUUUGCUGGAUAUUUCUUUGUAUUCUUCAUGAUUCCUUUCUUCCUCUGGUAGCUUCCUUUUCUUGCUCUAUUAAAUACAGUGGUACCUAAGGUUAAGUACUUAAUUCGUUCUGGAGGUCCAUUCUUAACCUGAAACUGUUCUUAACCUGAAGCACCACUUUAGCUAAUGGGGCCUGCCGCCAUGCCGCUGGAGCCCGAUUUCUGUUCUCAUCCUGAAGCAAAGUUCUUAACCCGAGGUACUAUUUCUGGGUUAGCAGCGUCUGUAACCUGAAGCGUAUGUAACCUGAAGCGUCUGUAACCUGAGGUACCACUGUACACACUUUGGAACCUGGUAAGAAAUUGUGGUCUCGGCCCUGCAUUGCAACAUGCCUUUCACAACUGCGGCGUUGACACACUCAGUUGCCUUGUACUGGGGCAGAGUCAGACCAUUGCCCACCUUUCAUAGCAGUGUUGAUUCUGAGAAGCAGUUGUGGUUCUAUGUGCAGAGGCUUUUUGUGAAUAUUUUAACUGCAGGUGGCAAAUACUGAACCUGGGGAUCUUCUACAAAGCAUAUGCUCUGCAGCUGAGCUUUGUCGCCUCUUCUAGCUAAGUUGUCGUUUCAUUUGGUGCUAAAUACAGGGAUUUGAAGUCAGUACCAUUGGUUCUCAAACGCCUUGGUACUCAAACAACUUGGAACCCAAACACUGCAAACCCAGAGCUAAGUGUUCUGGUUUGCGAACGUUUUUCGGAAGCCGAACAUGCUCCGUUUUGAGUGCCACACUUCAGAUUUGAGUGUUACGCUUCUGAUUUGAGUGUUACGCUGAGGUCUGUCUGUUUUUUACUAUUUAUUUUGCGUUUUUGUUUUUGCAGCUCCUCUUUUUUUGGGGGGGGACGGUGUGUAACCCAGUUCAGCUCCUGAUUGAUUGAUUGUGUGACUGCAGUACAUUGUUUAUUGCUUUCAUUUUAUGGAUCAGUGGUCUCGUUGGAUAGUAAAAUUUAUGUUAUAUUGGUGUUUUAGGGGUUAUUUUUAAAAGUCUGGAAUGGAUUAAUCCAUUUUGCAUUACUUUCUAUGGGAAAGCACGCCUUGGUUUUGCAACACUUUGGUUUUGGAACGGACUUCCGGAACGGAUUAAGUUUUGAGAACCAAGGUACCACUGUUGAGCUUGCUUUCAGACCCAGUGCUAAGGGCUGGCAACUACACCUUCUCCUGUGACGAACCAUCUUCCAUUGGCAAGCUACCAUAUUUUUCACUCCAUAAGACGUACCUGACCAUAAGGCGCACCUAGUUUUUAGAGGAGGAAUGCAAGAAAAAAAAUAUUAUUUAAAGGGAGCACUGAGCAGAGCCUUUAUGCAUCCCUGGCUCUGCUCAGCGCUCACUUUCACAAGCCGCGUGGAGUGUGUGUGUGUGUGUGGCUCUUGGGGGCUUUUGCGAGAGGUGGGGGAAGCGAGAGAGCCUCGCUCUGUCCCUUCCCCCACCUCCCGCAAAAGCCAAGGAUAGCCGCCAGAAGCCUCCGCAGGCAGAAGCUAAAACAGUGCUCUCUCUAGCUGUUCUAGCUUCUGGGGUAGCCUGUGAAGCCUCUGCAGGGCAGUGGGGAGCCUUCAUCGGGCUAUCCCAGAGCUGCUCAGGAGCUUAUCGGGGCUGGCGGUGGAAGCCCGGGUCCCCCCCCCCAGCCCCAAAGAGCAGCUUCUCCCAGAGCUUUUCGGGGCUGGCGGGGGAAGCCCGGGUCUGUCCGUCCCCCAGCCCCAGGGACCAAACAUUCGCCCCAUACGACGCACAGACAUUUCCCCUUAGUUUUUAAGAGGAAAAAAGUGUGUCUUAUGGAGCGAAAAAUACGGUACUUUCUCUUACUGUGGCUGGAAAUGUUUUUAACAAGGCAAAGUGAUAUUUAACUUGAUGGUUUGUCAUGCUUUUGUUUAGUUGCUUUUCAUAAAACGUGUUUGAGAUACCAGAAUAAAAUGUGGUAUGUUAAGUGUCAAAUACCAGCUCAGUCUCUGCAUUGGUUUUGAAGGGAGCCAGGAAACGCACAAAAUACGCUGUAAUGUGGAGUCUUCUUUGUCAUUGAACUGACAGUAUGAAACUUGAUUGCAUGUUUUACAACCUAAUUUCCUCUAAUUCCUGGCGUCUGUUUUUAAGUCAGGGAGAAAAGAUGCAGCUACAUUGUACUGUGAUAUACGAGGUGAGACCUCUUGAACUCUGUGUUUGACUUGGCAUCUUUCAUUUUCUGGGUUGACUUUUGUGUGAGACGUAAAGAUUCCUACUGCAUGGAGAGGCAGGUGACAAAUUCUGUUUGCUUUUUAAAAAGAGGCUUCAAUGUGAUAUGGAGAUCCUCAGGUUUUCCUGAGUUAGACCUAGUCUUGGCAAUGAUUAGUCUGAGGUUGCCCCCAAAAAAGAAGAAAAAUGAGAGAGACUUGCAAGUUAUCAAACUGUUCUAUGUGACCAUGGCUGCACAGAUGUUAUUGGCCCAGAGAUGGGAAGAAGAUGGAAGUCCCUACCAGAGAAGAAUGGCAGAUGAAGUUGAUGGACUAUUCUGAAAUGGCUAAAAUGACCGGAAGAAUCAGAAAUCAGGAAGACCAAAAUUUUAAUAAGGAAUGGGGGGGAAUUUAUAACCUAUCUUCAAGACCAUUGUAAACAGUUGAAAUCGUUAGUAGGAUUGGAAUAUCACUUGUCGUUUAAGAGUGAAUUCUGGUUACAAUGGAGAGAUAAAAGAUUUGGAUUAUUAUAAAAGAUGCGGGAGGAAAUGAGUAAACUAGGACCCACAAAGGGGAGGAUGGAAUCUUGUUUUUUCUGAUAUAUGUUUGAUAUAUACCUGUAAAAUUUCAAUUUGAAAACAUUUAAAAAAUAUUAUCAAACUCUUCAGUUUCUCAUGCAGAAAUAGAUGUGUGUUUGUUCUGCACCCAGAAACAAACAUUUGGGGAGUGGUGGGUGUGAGGUUGUACGCAGUGACCCUGAUUGCAUGCAGGUUUCAGAGUCUACCUGUUUCCUUCCAUCUCUUAUCUUUGCAUACCACCUUCAGCUUUCAAAGGGAUGGGCAGCUGUUAUGUACACUGCAUUUGUGCCACUCGUCAUGCCAAGAACGAAUCUCUCAUUUAAAAUCUACUUUGCUCGGCUCUCUGCGCAAAAGUGGUUUUAGAUAUAGCCCUUGAAUACUUCGCAGCCCUUUCUGGUAGCUUUCCAGCAACAUGCAACUGUUCUUUGAAAGACCAGCCCACUCAUCAAAGCUUUUGGGUGAGGGACAAGAGAGCUGAUUAGUCUUGGGGUUGCCGGAACAAUGCAGUCCCAUGACUCAGUUGAGGUUGGCCUCAUUAGAAUUCCUGCUCUGUUUAUCCAGCCUGGCGAAGUGCAUUCCAGGCCUCGCUGCCUCAACAAUGCUUGUAGGUUCAUCUCCAAAUUGCACCAUGCCAACUCUGGCCCCAAGGCACAGAAACGUGUUGACUUGCAGUUGGAUCUUAAUGUGCAACCCUUUGGAAGGACACUUUGGGCUCUGUCGCUGUAGUGCAUCUGUACUGUACCUGAUUCUGUGGUUGCCUAGGUUGUUUACGUGCUUCUUUGAAAGUUGAUGUGGCAUAGUGGCUAAUAGGUAGAGGUAAAGGGGACCCCUGACCAUUAGGUCCAGUCGUGGCCAACUCUGGGGUUGCGGCGCUCAUCUCGCUUUAUUGGCCAAGGGAGCUUCCGUCCAGCUUCCGGGUCAUGUGGCCAGCAUGACUAAGCCGCUUCUGGCGAACCAGAGCAGCACACGGAAAUGCCGUUUACCUUCCCGCUGGAGCGGUACCUAUUUAUCUACUUGUACUUUGAUGUGCUUUUGAACUGCUAGGUUGGCAGGAGCUGGAACUGAGCAACAGGAGCUCACCCCAUCGCGGGGAUUCGAACUGCCAACCUUCUGAUCGGCAAGCCCUAGGCUCUGUAGUUUAACCCACAGCACCACCCGCGUCCCACAGAGUGGCUAAUAGAUGGAGCCAAAUACUGGGAAACCCCACCUUUAAACCUUGCUUUUGCCACUAGGUGGCCUUAGGCAAGUCACUCCUUUGACCUCACCCCCAUCCCAGCUCUAAUGCGGGAAUAAUACUGACCUCUUUUUAACAAAGCCCUUGUGAGGAUAACGAGGAGGAGAGCAGCUUUGGACACACUAAACUGCUGCACAAAUAUUUAUCAUCAUUAUCUUGAUCACAGGUUUAGCAUUGUUACCUCUGCAUAGCUCUGGGCUGAAGCUGAAGCCAGUUCUGACUUGAAAAUGGUCACCUAUGAACUGUAACAAAUCCUCUUCCAUAUUGCACAAAGAUAGUUCUGUGAACUGAAGUUAAAUUUUUGAAAAGUUGGCCAGGUUUAGGCAUUAGCUGUAGCUUGGUAGAAUAUUGGAAGCAGCCCAGAGUGGCUGGGGAAACUCAGCCAGAUGGGUGGGGUAAGAAUAAUUUAUUAUUAUUAUUAUUAUUAUUAUUAUUAUUACACAUUUUGAGAGCCUCAGUCCACGGCAUCUUGGGUAGUAGGCCUCCAAAUAACUACAGAAUUGCAUUGGAGAAAUUAAUUCAGUUAAGGCUAUCAGCAGGGAGGUUCACUUGAGUACAGUGGUAUCUCGGGUUAAGAACUUAAUUCAUUCUGGAGGUCCGUUCUUAACCUGAAACUGUUCUUAACCUAAGGUACCACUUUAGCUAAUGGGGCAUCCUGCUGCCACCGCACAAUUUCUGUUCUCAUCCUGAAGCAAAGUUCUUAACCCGAGGUACUUUUUCUGAGAUAGCGGAGUCUGUAAUCUGAAGCGUCUGUAACCUGAGGUACCACUGUACCCAGAAGUGCUGAAAACAUUGUGAGCGGGUCCUAGGAUUGUGCUGAUUUUCCACCUCUAGGCCAGCCACACAUUAAGCAGCGCAGUGAAGGAAUCCUUAUAUGUGUAAAAGUGUGUGCUCAACAGGUUCUGGAACUGGCAUGCAUGUUGCACACUUUCACAUGUUUUUUCAGUGUUUGAAAGACUUCCCAGUACAGUAAUACCUCCUCGAACGUCCGCCUUGUGUAGCGUCCAUUCUGGCGAACGUCCGCAGCAAACCUGGAAGUAUCAGAAUGGGUUACUUCCGGUUUUGCCACUCCCGCAUGCGCAGAAGUUCAAACCACUCCGCGCACAGACGCGGCGCUUUGCUCUGCAUUCUUUUUGGCUAGCGGCUGGGGCUCCAGAACGGAUCCUGGCCUAAAAACAAGGUACGACUGUAUCUUUAUAAUUUGGACAGGUUGUUGUUCAGACUCAUUAGAAGACUGUCCCUUUGGUUGCGUGAUCUACCACCUUAGUAAACUUUUUUGGUGUACGGAAAGGAAUCGGAAAGGUGGCCAACAGUUUCUAUCUGCAGUAGCCCCUUCUUUUCCAUUUGUGAGAUUAGAUGAUUGACAGCCUUGUGAUUUUUAUGCUCUUGUUUGUAGCAUGGGUCGAUGCUUUGAGGCUGUGGCGGGUGGAGGCGAUCCUCUGUUUUGCUGUGUGUGGUGAAAUUCAGGCUUGCUUUGAACUUCUCCUACCCUGUUCCCAAGAAAGCAUAAUGAGUCACACUGUCCUGGCUAAUGCGUCCUGACACAAUCUGGGAAAAUCUCUAUCCUCUCUUGUAUGUUGAUUUAAAAGCUCAGCGCUGACCCCCUAAGAUCCUGCAGAGGCCUGAUGUACUCCAGCCAUUAGACUCCAACUCCCAUGUCGUCAGAAUCCCUUGUACUCGCUUUCAGGCAGACCCUGCAGUCCCGUCUGAGCAUAGGAGAGCGAGGGCUGAGCACUCUUUGCAGCAGUCUCUCCCCAACCCAUUUAGAGAUCGCCUGUUUCUUCAGCACUGUGUGAUAGAGCAUGAAACAGACACCAGCUCAGGCAGGGACUACUCCAUCAUGCAGCAAUGAAGGUGAGGGAAAUGGGUCUACAGUGGUACCUCGGUUUAAGAACAGCCCUGUUUAUGAACGAUUCGGGUUACGAAAGUCCGCAAAACCAGAAGUUUACCUCGGUCUAUGAACUUUACCUCGGUCUAAGAACAGAAAGUGAACGGUGGAAGGGCACCCGUGGCGGGAGGCCUCAUUAGGGAAAGCGCGUUUCGGUUUCAGAACAGACUUCCGGAACGGAUUAAGUUCGUAAACCGAGGUAGUGGUACCUCUGGAUGCGAACGGGAUCCGUUCCGGAGCCCUGUUCACAUCCUGAAGCGAAAGUAAGGCGCAUCUGCGCAUGCGCGGUCGUGUUUCACAGCUUCCGCGCAUGCGCAUGGUGUCAUUUUGAUCGUCUGCGCAUGCGCGAGCGGCGAAACCCGGAAGUAACGCACUCCGUUAAUUCUGGGUCGCCACGGAGCGCAACCCGAAAAUAUUUAAGCUUGAAGUGUAUUCAUCCCGAGGUAUGACUGUACCUGCUUUUAGGUUUUUUUUAGAAAGACCCAAGGUGGUGGUUAUUUUUUGGAAGGCUUCCCCACCCUCAUCUUUUUCAGAGGUUAAAGGGAUUGGUGUGGGGUGGGCUCCCCAAGAAGGCCUCACCCACCAACUGAUGUCACCAGCUGAUAAAUGGGUGAGCGUGGUUUGGGGGAAAUGGCCUCAGCAGCCAAACUGGACCCCCCAAACUGGCCUGUUUAAAGUACCCUAGUUGCAAGCUUCAAGAAAGCCAGCCAGCCAGCCAACUUCUGCAAUGAGGAAGAGUUUGUUCCAUCGUCCAUGUGUGUCAUCAACAGUGAAGUGUGUAGGCAGACAGGCAGACACACAGCAAGCUCUCACUCUUCCUCCUUGCCCAGGAACAGUUUUGUUUUUUUAACUGCCUUUUAAUGAUACAGCACAAUUAGCUUUCUAAGGCAGACUGCCUCACCCUGCAUAAUUGUAAGGCUGGCUUUGCGACAGAGGCUAAGGGAAUAGUGGCUUGCUUAAGGUUGUUUAGUGAGUUAAAUAGUUGAAAUGAAACUUGAAUGGGGAGCUUGCGGGGGGGGGGGGAGCUGUUGCUGCAUCUCUUGGUAGGUAAUAUACAGGUUGCAUUUGAUUGUCAUGAUAAGCCAUGAUUUAUCAUGAUGGCAGGAGACCUAGGUAGGCCUCUGGUUUGCGUAGGCUGGAUCUAGACACAUCAAAAAAGCUUUUCAGGAAAACGCGCUGUAAACCUCAUAGUGGGAAAUCACAUUGGUGAAAGACGGAACUCCACAGCGCCAUCUGGUGCCACAGUGUUGUAACACAUAUAAAACACUUUUUCUUUACUACAGUGGUGCCCCGCAAGACGAAUGCCUCGCAAGACGGAAAACUCACUAGACGAAAGGGUUUUCCGUUUUUUGAGCUGCUUUGCAAGACGAAAAACGAAAACGUCUUGCAAGUUUGUUUCCUUUCUCUUAACACCGUUAAUACAGUUGCGACUUGACUUCGAGGAGCAACUCACAGAAUGCGGUGUGGUAGCCUUUUUGAGGUGUUUGAAGACUUUGGUGAUUUUUGAAGCUUUUCCAAAACUUCUUUUAAACUUUUAAAACUUUUUGGGGGUGGGUUGGAGUUUGGGUUGGGGUGUUUGGAAUUCAAGGACUUGGUGUUGGGGAGGGGUUUGCAAGAAUCUGGAAGCUUGUGUGGUUUUUUUCUGCAUUUUUAUGAUUUUCUGUGACCAUUGGGCCACUCUGCUGUUUUUUAAAAAAAAAAAUCUGGAUUUGAAUUUCUGUGUGGUGGGUGGCUGGGGGAACAGUUGAGGAGGGGUUUGCAAGAAUCUGGAAGCUUGUGUGGUUUUUUUCUGCAUUUUUAUGAUUUUCUGUGACCAUUGGGCCACUCUGCUGUUUUUUAAAAAAAUUCUGGAUUUGAAUUUCUGUGUGGUGGGUGGCUGGGGAACAGUUGAGGAGGGGUUCUUCAGCAAGAAGCAAAGAGUGGAAGAGGAACCUUCUUCGAGUUGUCCCCAGAGUCUUAGAAAAUGUACUGUACACUUUGUUGAUUUUUAAAUGUUUUUCUGUCAUGUUUAGAAACUUAAUUUAUUGUUCCUUCAAUUUUUGAAAUGCUCUUUACAGUAUGUGUGACUUUAAAGAGCACUUAAUAAACUCUUGUUGUACCAAAUUUGGCUUUGUUUGGACUUUUUUUGACCAUAGGAACGCAUUAAUUGGAUUUCAAUGCAUUCCUAUGGGAUUUCAUGCUUCGCAAGACGAAAAAUUCGCUAGACGAAAAAACUCGCGGAACGAAUUAAUUUCGUCUUGCGAGGCACCACUGUAUUGUAGCUGAGUCCAUGGUCUGCCCGCCCUAGUUUGACUAUGAGCAGGAGAUUGGAAGCUUUCACUGCUGUUUUUGACAAUUGAGCAUUUACACCUAACCCUAAACCAUGCUUAUUUAAAAAUACCAUUUGUUUGAAACAAGUAAACUUUAUUUCCCAUUGCUUGAUUUGUUUCAAAUGAACGGCAGUUAAAAUGAACCACUGUUUUCUGGGUUUGCGUGAAAUUGCAAGCUGCACUUAGCAUUUGCUUCCAUUCUUUUUUAUUUUUUACUUCCAAGCUACUCCUUGGAGCCACACCACAGAAGGAAAGCGGAGUGGAGGAAUGCAUGAACCCAAGGAUCAUUCUUGUCACAAUAAACUAGGGUUUUAUCAUGACACCUGAAUACAGUCAUUGAACCAAUUCAUUUGGAUAGAUCUCUUUUCUCUGAACCCCUAUUUUUGAUGAUGAAUGGACAAUUUUCAAACUUGUGUGAUCAGUUACGCCGACUUUUCAUUGAAAUGGUCAACUUGUUUGUUAAAUUUCCCUGAGCCCCACCUUCAGUCUGAAUUAGGGUGGCCUAAACACAGGUUUGCCCGUACCACCUCAGUAAGGCCACAGUCUAGUACAGUGGUACCUCGGGUUAAGUACUUAAUUCGUUCCGGAGGUCCAUUCUUAACCUGAAACUGUUCUUAACCUGAAGCACCACUUUAGCUAAUGGGGCCUCCUGCUGUCGCUGCGCCGCCGGAGCCCGAUUUCUGUUCUUAUCCUGAAGCAAAGUUCUUAACCUGAAGCACCAUUUCUGGGUUAGCAAAGUGUGUAACCUGAAGCGUAUGUAACCUGAAGCGUAUGUAACCCGAGGUACCACUGUAAUGGGUAUAGUUUUCUUGCUUCGUGCUGUGAGGCAACAACGACAACUCCGGCCCCAGUCUUCUCAUUGUGCCUUUCCAGAUGCUUGACAUGGCUUGGUUUUUAAUUUUUAUUUAUUUAUUGGGGAAUGAGUACGUUCCCAACCUCACCCUGCAGCCAGGCAUAUAUAUCUGCCAUCUUUGUCGUGGGAGUUGUCAAAUUGGCCUUUUCUUCUCUUAACUGGGAAAACCUGGCUGGCUGCAUUCUCCACAGCCUGCACUCAAAGAGGAAGGAAAAGCGAUGCAUGUUUUCCCUGCAAACACUGCCAGCUAAAGCAAAUCCAAUUUGGGUCUUUGGUGUGGCUACUAACACACUUCUGGAGGAUAAUGGAGAAACAAGGAUUCAUGGCUUUGCUAGAACCACAUAACCCACACAGGGUGGGGGAAAUACAACCCCCUGAAGGUGCAGCUAGUGUGCUAGUUGUCAUCUCCACAAUCCAGAGGGAAUGACUGCAGGUGGGACUGAGCCUUAUGCUCAGCUAUGAUGAGCUCAUGAAGCCACAAGCCUGACCUAUCAGAAGCACCGAGGCCUCCUCCAUCAUGUUGCAUGCUUGAUCAAUAAAGUAGCUUUCAUACAGGUGAAACUCAGAAAAUUAGAAUAUUGUGGAAAAGUUCAUUUAUUUCAGUAAUUCAACUUCAAAGGUGAAACUAAUAUAUGAGAUAGACUCAUGCAAAGCGAGUUAUGUCAAGCCUUUAUUUGUUAUAAUUGUGAUGAUCAUGGCAUACAGCUGAUGAAAACCCCAAAUUAACAAUCUCAGAAAAUUAGAAUAUUAAAUGAAAUCAUCAAAACAAGGAUUGCAAAUAGAGCAAUAUUGGACCUCUGAGAAGUAGAAGCAUGCACAUGUACUCAGUACUUGGUUUGGGCCCCUUUUGCAUCAAUUACUGCCUCAAUGCGGCGUGGCAUGGAUGCUAUCAGCCUGUGGCACUGCUGAGGUGUUAUGGAAGACCAGGGUGUUUCAAUAGCAACCUUCAGUUCUUCUGCAGUGUUUGGUCUCAUGUCUCUCUCUUUCUCUUGGCAAUGCCCCACAGAUUCUCUAUGGGGUUCAGGUCAGGCGAAUUUGCUGGCCAAUCAAGCACAGUAAUCCCAUGGGCAUUGAACCAGGUUUUGGUACUUUUGGCAGUGUGGGCAGGUGCCAAAGUCCUGCUGGAAAAUGAAGUCAGCAUCCCCAUAAAGCUCGUCUGCGGAAGGAAGCAUGAAGUGCUCCAAAAUCUCCUGGUAGACGGCUGCGUUGACUCUGGACUUAAUGAAGCACAGUGGACCAACACCAGCUAAUGACACGGCUCCCCAAAUCAACACAGACUAUGGAAACUUCACACUGGACUUCAAGCAUCUGGCAUUGUGUGCCUCCCCAUUCUUCCUCCAGACUCUCGGUCCUUGGUUUCCAAAUGAGAUGCAAAAGCUGCUCUCAUCAGAAAAGAGAUUUGGGGAGCCAUGUCAUCAGCUGGUUUUGGUCCACUGUUCCCGACCCCUGUUCUAUUCUUUCAUCCAAGAGGGUGCAAGAGAGAGUAGCUUUCCUCAACCAUCUGGUGCAUUCACAACCAAGGUAAGACUUGAACUGAGGACUUUCUGCCGCCAGCUCAAAUGCUUAAGCAUGCUGCUCUCUUUCCACCACACUCAGUAGCGUACGUGGGGAUUAGGUUGCUGCAUUUGUGACGGUGGGUAAUGGAGGUUUAUAGGCACAAGCAAGAAGAAGAUUAAGGUUGCAGGAACUUGCACAGAUUACUAAGGUUUGUUUAGGACAGUGCAUGAAGGACAUGCAGCCUGUGUUGAAGGUGAUCAGUACAGGGUUAGGUGGUCUGUAAACUGCUGGGGUCACUAGCAAGCUGUUGGAACCGUGCUAUGUCUGAAAGCUUUGCCUGUAGCUGUCUUGCCAUGUUUAUUAAUCAGUUGCUUUUGCUGCAACAGAGGAGAAUUGUGGGUGAGGGUAAUGAAAGCUUAAUUAUCUGAGUGGGAUCUAAGCCAGAAAAAUCUGUACCACAGGGAUUUCUUGAGACCACUGUGGCGGAAAUGAAAAAAAGAAAAGAAAAAUCCAAGCACGUGAUUUGGAUGUACCUGUUCUUAAAUAGGUUGUAGAUUAUCUAUUUUUAAUGCUUUUUCCUGGUUUUAAAUGUUUCAAUUUUUAUUUUAUGAUAUAUGCAUGCUUCCUAGAGAGAGUCAUUAGGGAGGAAAAAAUGGCACUAAUCUGAAACCACCCUCCCCCCCCCCCCCCGAUUAUCUUGAUAAUUACAUUUAAUGAAACAAAUGUGUUUUAGAAAUGGACAUUUUGGGGGGGGGGUAUAGCAGUUGAAAAUUUUGUGCCCCAGGUCACCAGUUAUAGUACAGUAACCUCAUUUAUAAUGCUUUCUGUCUGGGGUUGAAUAGGCAGUGACUUCUAGAUUGUAAUAAUUGGGUGGGGUUUGUGGGGAAGGAGAGUUUAACCCAUGGGUAGGCAAACUAAGGCCCAGUCGCCUUCUAAAUCCAACCCACAGACGGUCUGGGAAUCAGCAUGUUUUUACAUGAGUAGAAUGUGUGCUUUUAUUUAAAAUGCAUCUCUGGGUUAUUUGUGGGGCAUAGGAAUUCGUUCAUAUUUUUUUUCAAAAUAUAAUCCUGCCCCCCACAAGGUCUGAGGGACAGUGGACCGGCCCCCUGCUGAAAAGGUUUGCUGUCCCCUGGUUUAACCGUUAACUAGAUAGGGACGCGGGUGGCACUGUAGGUUAAACCACAGAGCCUAGGACUUGCCGAUCAGAAGGUCGGCAGUUCGAAUCCCCACGACGGGGUGAGCUCCUGUUGCUCGGUCCCUGCUCCUGCCAACCUAGCAGUUUGAGAGCGCGUCAAAGUGCAAGUAGAUAAAUAGGUACUGCUCCGGCGGGAAGGUAAAUGGCGUUUCCAUGCGCUGCUCUGGUUCUCCAGAAGCGGCUUAGUCAUGCUGGCCACAUGACCCAGAAGCUGUACGCCGGCUCCCUCGGCCAAUAAAGCGAGAUGAGCGCUGCAGCCCCAGAGUUGGUCACGACUGGACCUAUUGGUCAGGAGUCCCUUUACCUUUAGACAUUAGAUCUGCAGUGUUGCCUUAGUUACCUGCAAGCAUCGCUGAGGACAGAAGACCCACCCUCAGUUGUCAGGAAUGGAGAUAGGUGAGAAUUGGCCAUUGUCUUUGCUUCUUGCUGAGUUCUGUUCUGUUGCCUCAUGCUCAUUUUUGUGAGAGGCUUGACAAGGGUGUGUGACAAGAUUCAAGCAUGUAUUCUUCAUAUGCAUUAUACCUUACCAACUUUGCGUGGAAGGCCAGUCAUGAUUUCAGGGUUGUAGUUGGGCGGCUGAGGAAAUGCUGGCUUGGCUGAAUUGAAACUUGAGCUGAAAGUCUGACUAGCUUGUUUUCCGUCAAACGGUCCCCUCAGCCUCAUGGAUGGUCCAGAGCUGAGAGUUAGAAUGUGCACAUGAGGUCCUUCGCUCACUCCCUAUUGUGGAAUUGUAGAGUUGGAAAGGACCACAAAGCCCUCUAGCCCAACCCCCUGCAAUGCAGGACUCAAACCCCAGAUCCUGAGGUUAAGAGUCUCAUGCUCUACAGACUGAGCCCCAUGACUUCUGGUCAUGUCCACUUAGAAGUUCUCAACCAGCAGGUCUAGGGAAGAAUUCUGCCUGAAGGAUGAGAGCCCCCAUGCCAGCCACUGCCAAUGAAGCUGGGCUGGAUGGACUAUUAGGUAAGGUAAAGGUAAAGGACAGUUAAGUCCAUUCAAAGGCGACUAUGGGGUGCGUCUCAUCUCGCUUUUAGGCCAAGGGAGCCGGUGUUUGUCCACAGACAGCUUUCUGGGUCAUGUGGCCAGCUUGACUAAACCUCUUCUGGCGCAAGGAACACCAUGACGGAAGCCAGAGCGCACGGAAACGCCAUUUACCUUCCCACCGUAGUGGUACCUAUUUACCUACUUGGACUAGUGUGCUUUCAAACUGCUAGGUUGGCAGGAGCUGGGACAGAGCAACAGGAACUCACCCCAUCGCAGGGAUUUGAACCGCCGACCUUCUGAUCAGCAAGCCCAAGAUGCUCAGUGCUUUAGACCACAGCGCCACCUCAUCCCAUUCCCUGUGUAAGGGAGUGUCAUGCUUUUAGAUGCGCAUGUUCUUACCCCAUAAAGUUCAAACUGCUGGUGGCCAGUGAGCAUCUGUUCCUUGAUUUCCUGGGCAGCGGGGCUCCAGCUCUCUCGAUCCAUAUGUUCUCUAUCUAUCCCCAGAACAAGCUCCAAGGCUGGUUGCAGUCCAUUUACAAGGCCUCCGUGAUAGGGUUUAUUCUUGGUAAACAUCCUCCGAGCUGUUUUCCCUCCUAAUGUUGCUGUGAGUGGGAGGAUCGGCAUUUCCUCUUGUAAUCCCCCCAUAGGAUCUGAGCUCUGGGAGGAUCCCAGUCUGAAACUUGGUCUCAGCCAAACUCCCAUUCGUUGGCCAGCCAGCCAGCCAUUCUUCCUGCCAGAUGUCCUGUUCCCUGGAAGCAACAGCUUGUUCUCGGCAUGAAGAUUUUGUGCUGUUGGCCAGUGGCUCUGACACUUUUAAGUUUGCGUAAGCUGGUGGGCUCCUGGGCCCCUAUCAGGUUUAGAUCACUGCUUUGCUGUUUCAACAGUGAUCCUCAAUUCUUCCUGUCCACUUACAGUCUUUCCCCACCUCUCCAAAUAUAAUUCUGGGCAAUGGGUAGCUGUGAUGGACCAUUAUAUUAUAUCCUGCUAAUGAGACUUUGCAUACUGUUUCAGCUAACAGUGUGAACUGGGAAAGACUUGGUUGAAAUCUCUUUUCAGCGACAAACUUGCAGGUGAUUUUGGGGGAAACAACAUUUCUUUCCCCUGGCUCCUUCAUAUGCAGUAUGGAUUAAAAAUACUGACCUGCUUUAAAAGGAUGUCUUAAGGGUUAUUUGGAUAAAAUGUGGUUAGCCGUUUAUUGCCUAGUAUAAUUAUCCUGAUGACAUAUUUAAAGUACCGGUUUCUUGUACUGUACUUGAAUGAUCAAAGUGGAAGUAUAUCUUGAGAAACCAUCUUUCAUUUUAGCAAGGCUGUGGAAUGAAGGAGUGCAAGGCAUUUGCCCCUUGAGAACCUCUGUGAAGUACCUGGAGAGAACUUGCUCACUGCACUUCCAGUAUGUUGCAGAAAUGUUUUUUUAGAGAGAAGAUCUGCUCAGUAGAAGCCUUUGUUGUCGUUUAGUCGUGUCCAACUCUUCGUGACCCCAUGGACCAGAGCACGCCAGGCCCUCCUGUCUUCCACUGCCUCCCGCAGUUUGGUCAAACUCAUGAUGGUAGUUUCGAGAACACUGUCCAACCACCUCGUCCUCUGUCGUCCCCUUCUCCUUGUGCCCUCAAUCUUUCCCAGCAUCAGGGUCUUAUCCAGGGAGUCUUCUCUUCUCAUGAGGUGGCCAAAGUAUUGGAGCCUCAGCUUCAGGAUCUGUCCUUCCAGUGAGCACUCAGGGCUGAUUUCCUUCAGAAUGGAUAGGUUUGAUCUUCUUGCAGUCCAUGGGACUCUCAAGAGUCUCCUCCAGCACCAUAGAAGCCUUAGGUAGUUAUAUUCCUUUGCUUUCAUCUCUGUUGCUUGGGGAGUUCUUGCAAGCGUAGAGAUAGGCACUUGGUUCUCCUGACUUUUAGCCCUGCAGUUCAGUACUUAGGAGACCACGUAGGAAGUGGUCCAACGUAGGAUGCCAGAGUAGGUGUGCUGCCUCAACAAAAAGAGGACAUUUCCAAACCGUUCUGCCUCCUUAGGGGUAGCUAUUUCCACGCUGACUUACUAGCAGUGAGAACUGCCUAGACUGGUUGCUGCUUGGACUGCCCAGUUUGUUCCAUAGUCAUGGUAAUCUGUAUUUUAGAAAGCCUAGCUGGUGAGAUGAUGCAAAAGAACUCUCCUGCUGCUUGACAAACUUCCAUCUGGUUUCCAUCUGAUAAUGGCAAGGGAGAAGAGUAUCUGUCAUGAUAUGAGUCUCCUUCCCGAGUCUGUUGAAGUCUCUUUGCUUUAUUGUCCUGGGAAGGUGGUCACGGACAUUAAAGAGGGUGGACUUCCUUGGCAUUGACUGGAAGUGCAGUGAGCAAGUUCUCUCCGGGUGGAGGUUCCAACUUACGUACUUGUGAGGCUGAGAGCACUGGGAGAACUGCUUGGCUGUCGAGGAUGAUAAGUCAUUUGUUAGGAAAGGGCAAUCCUUCUGUGCAUUGGGAUGUUGCAAUAGCAAGUUCUGCAACACAGGAAUCUCUGCGGUGUGGAAGCUGCUUCCAUGGCUUAUGCAACUUCUUAAAUAUAAUAAUAAUAAUAAUAAUAAUAAUUUAUACCCCACCCUUCCCGGUUCAAAAACCAGGCUCAGGGUGGCUAUCAACAAAUUUAAAGCACUUAAUUAUAAAAGCAGCAUAAAAUACAGUAUAAAAACAUGAAUAACAAUAAAAUUCAAAAAUCAGUUUAGGGGAAAUAAGCAUUAGAUGAUCCCCAGGGCCAGCUGGCUGAAUUAGUCCUACUUGGGCCAGCGAGGAGACCAGGGGAGAAUUAGCUUUGGGGUCUCAGAGUGGGUAGCAUUUCUCUCCUACGUGACUGCAAGGCACGCAGAAGUAAAAUAUACCCUGGAUGCCCUCUGGGCUGUGUUUUCGGAAGCAGAACUUUUUUUCUGGAGACCUGCACUCGCCGCAGACAUUGUGGAGCUGCUACUUCUAGUGGCAGUGAGGGUUUUUUGAUCAGAGUCUGCUUAAAUUUCUCAAGGGUUCCCUCGCUCUCUGUAACGUGUUUUGAUUGAACUUGAUGUUCAGCCAUCCCUCACUAACUUUGCAAAGCUCCUGGUUUUUGUGGUGUGUUUCUUCCCAUCUCAGCCAAGGCCGCCAGCUACCAGGGUGUCUUCUAAGCUUAUCUCUCCCACAUCGCACAGAGAGAGCAGCAUGACUUGGUUCAGAAACUUCCAAAAUAUAAUAUUCGCUGCAGUGGCUUACAUCUGAGGGCCAAACUAGAUGUGACGUUUUUGUUCAGGCAAGCCAGAUAUGUGGGUUUAUGAAAUAAAUAAAAAUAAACCACCUUUUCCCCCAGAAUGCGCCUGGGCCCUUACGUAGUGUUGUAGAAGGAUGUUGACAUUUUUGCUGACUCUAAAAAUGUUCUUCACUCUAUCUCUUGCCUGCUUCAUUGCCUACUACAUUUUGACGAAGAAGCCACAUCAGGAAUGUGUUUGUUUGUUUCACAGUUGAUGCUAAGGUUUUUUCCCUGCGUGAAUCCACCAAAUUGAAGCAGAGUUUUUCCUGCUUCAUGGAAACUUGGAGAAAUUCUGAGCCUAUGUGUAUGUAAUGUAGGGACUUUUGGGGAAAUCUCAGCUUCAAGAACUUUUCCCUUUUUCUGCAGCAGAAUGAAGUCUGAAGGGACAAAGUCCAUUCUAAGGCAGAUUAGCUUUCCUGCUUGCCCCCUUUAAGAGUGAAUAAUAGCAAGCCCUUUGCUGCUUUGGGAAUGAUUAUCAUUAUUAUACAUUUAUAACUGGCCUUUAUCCCUGAGAGGACUCAAGGUGGCAUACAGGGGAAAAACAAGGAUCGCUAAAAACAUAGGAGGGAGAAAUCAUUGAAAAGCAAUUAAGCGUUAAUAGAAUCAAAACUGUAUACAUAUAUGAGAUCUGUUUAAAACAUACAUAUGAUUACAAUAGAAACAGCACCGGCCCUUUCAUUAAAAGCAGCCAGUUCCCCAAAACCAGCUGCUAGAGGGCUCACAAUUAUACCGCCUCCUGGAGUUUGGAAGGCUGUGCUUCGCAAUACAUUGCCAGCUCAAUUAUUUUGAAAUGGUUCUUACACAAACUGGUGUUGGGCGUGUCCACUCACACAUGCAAACACAUUAUAAGUGGAAAUCCUCCUUCGGGGCCUUCAGCAAAGAGACAUUGACCGUGUUUUCUUGAAAUUUCCUACUGCAACAGUGAGGACUAGAAAUAUACUUUCUAUUUGAAGUGUAAUCUGGCAUCCUAUGAAAGCUCAGUUCCAUACUUCAUGACAUAUAGAAUUGAAAGGGAGCAGUAUGUACUCUGGAAUUCUUACUUCAAAGCUUGCUGGCUCUCUCUGUCUCUCUCUUUCCCCAUCCAUCUGGCUUGGAGAGUGGAGAUGAUAAAACUGCAGUCUCCAGAGUAUGCAUACAGAAAUCUCAGUUACAGUGGUACCUCGGGUUACAUACGCUUCAGGUUACAUACAUUUCAGGUUACAGACUCCGCUAACCCAGAAAUAUUACCUCAGGUUAAGAACUUUGCUUCAGGAUGAGAACAGUUUCAGGUUAAGAACAGACCUCCAGAACGAAUUAAGUACUUAGCCCGAGGUACCACUGUAGUUAGUUAGUUAGUUAGUUAGUUUAGUUUAGUUUCUCUCUCUCUCUUGUGUGUAAGUGGAACCCAUUGAAUACUACUUGCUUAGUAAGGCUCAUGAGUUCUUUUAACUUUCCCACUCUGUGACCUUGAACAAGACCACAUCCCCACUCCUGUGAUUCUAAUAUCUUCCUGGAGUCUUUCCUGGAGACUGCAUGGGCCAAAAAGCUUGCAAAGUAUUUUGAGUGCUUUGGGACGGAAGAGAUCUAAGAGCAAAGUAUUGACUUGCUGUCUGUCCAUUGCAUGGCCUUAUAUCAGCUCUGUUAAGGCUAGGAUGUGGGCUGAUAAACAAGGCAGAGACAUUAUCUCUGUCUCCUUGUACUCCGACCUUGAUAUCUGCAUAGCACCAAACAACCCAGGCUUGUUUUAUUCCUGGAAAAUGUUAUUGCAUCAUAGAAUUGUAGAGUUGGAAGGAACUCUGAAGAUCCUUUAGUCCAACCCCCUGAAAUGCAGGAAUCUCAGCUAAAACAUUUAUGGCACCCUCUGCCCUAAGAUAAAUUUAACCACCACACACAUUUGUGUUAUGUUAUUAUUACAAGAGUGAUUCCUGAUUCUGAUCCUACCUAUGAGAUUCGGAUGUUGGAUGGCUGUGUUUGACCCAACAGCAGAGAGAUAUUAAAAGAGAAGGCAAAAUAAUUAUUUCUAUUUUACAGUAUCUGACAUGCAGUCAGAACCUUAGCUACAGAGCCUUGAGGUGGGUCUAGUCUCCUUCAGGGUAUUUUGGACUCUUCCCUUAAUGUUAGAUUUACAUUAUUAUUAAUAUUAAUAUUUUUUUUAAAAAAUGUGUCUUUGUUUCCAAAGACAUCUCUUAUGCAAAGAGAGAUGGCAAAAUAUGCAGGCAGUGUUCUGCUUGUUCAGUAAGAAGGAAAUCUGUCUGGUGUUCUGGCCAAUGAGUGUAAUGCCUGACAGACACAUUAAAAAAUAUGCCGUUAGAAUAAUGUAAUUAACUUAAAGCACACAAUCCUUUAAAAAAAAUUAAUAUUUUUAUUUACAUUUUUAAUACAGAAACAAAACACACAUCCCUUUCCCUCCACCCACCAAUUAUACAACUUUCGUACCAGUCACGACAUACAACUAAAUACCUAGCGACUCCCCUUCUACCAUUUUCAUAAUUUCUUUACUUUUCUACUAAAUCGCAUAUUCCAGAUUUCUAACCUUCAAAUUUCUUCCUCUGUUAAUUUCUAUUCGCUCCUGUUCUGCUGGAUUUACUCAAGAAAGACCUGCUAGGUUAUUUACUUGUUUAUACUGGUUCUUAAAAUAUUCAAUGAACUUUUUCCAGUCCUCCUUAUAUUCUUUUAUCAUCCUUUUCUCUUAUCCUAUUCAUUAUACCUGCCAAUUAAACAAAUUCAAGCAUUUUAAACUGCCACUCUUCCUUAGUGGGUACCAUACUCGUUCUCCACCUUUGUACGGCACACAAUCCUAGGCGUGUUUAGUAAGUGUGGUUUGGAUUGCAGCGUUAGACCGUUUGUAUUUAGCACCUUCCAGUUUGGGGUAGAUUUGAGACAUCUUGCUGCAAAAUUUGUGCCUAAAGGUCCGCUUGCAAUUUGUAUACAGAUCAGCAGAGGACUUUGGUGAAGCUCUUUUGAGUUCCUGCUUAGCAUUUCUGAACCCCAGAGCAUGCAGGGCCAGCCUUCCCAAUAACAUGGCUUGCUUGGAGUGCAGAAUUCAGCAGCUGCCAAUUUUCUCCUGCCAACCUCCAUCUCUUCUGAAGUUAAGCCUGUUAUUUGAAUCCGCCUUUUGCUUGGGACUUUUUCCCUCUCUUUUCGGUAGGCAGAGCCAAGGUCUGAGUGGCUGACUCAAGGAAACAGCAUGGAAGUUGUUAAAAUGAUUCCCUUUGGCCCUUGCUGGGAUUGUUUCUUCUUUUCCAGUGGCCAAAUUAUUAUCUUGCUGUUGACCUCUUGACCUAGAAGAUGUCAUUGCAUGACAGCCCGUUGCUUUUUGGCGUUUGGCAUAUUCAGCGGUCAUGUGUUUGGGUCAGACAUGGAGCUGCCUCAGAAAAUAGCAUCCCUGAGUUGAGUUAUUCCCUGUUGUCAAUUUUACCUUGUGUUAAGACAUAUGCUUGUGUGUUUCCCCACUGGAAAUGCACAAUGCAACCAGGUAAAUUAUUCCCUAUACAGUGGACGCUCAGGUUGCGAAUGUGAUCCGUGUGGGAUGCAUGUUCGCAACCUGCAGUGGCACCUCUGCGCAUGCCUGGGUUGCGAUUCGGCACACGCGCAUGCACAAAGCGCGAUUUAGUGCUUUCUGCGCAUACGCGACUGCUGAAACCCGGAAGUAACCCGUUCCGGUACUUCCGGGUUUCGGCGGUCUGUAACCCGAAAAAAUGCAACCUGAAGCGUCUAUAACUUGAGUAUGACUGUAUUGUGGAGGGAAAGAAAGAAAACUCAACACAGGGUUUCUCUUUUCAGUAGUAGCCUUGUGUCAAUCUGAAUCUAGUCCUAUGCUCAGGACUCAGCGAAUACUGUUGAGGCUUUCCUAAAAUGUUUGUGGGAAUUAAUGUUUUGUGGUUUCGUUUAUCCGAUUGCUUUGUGUGGUUUAUUUUGAGCACUCGGGGAGAGGGGAGGAAGACAGCAAACCACACAAAGCAUUUCCCUCCCCUGUUGGCAAAGCUCAUUUGACAUUAGCAUGAAACCCAGUAAGGUGGAAGGCUAGCCCAACAGAUGCAGCAGGCGUCUUCUCUAAUAACCUGUAAACACUUGCCGAAAAGUUUUCUAUUCAGGGAAAUUAAGAAAAUCAGUUUCUGUAGUCGCUGGUUUGUAAUUUUAAAUCUUUAUGCGGUUUUUAUUGUGCAUGGAUAAAAACUGCUUUGAUAUUUUGUUUUAUGAGAUUACAGCAUACAGGUAUUUUUAUAAAUAAAUAAAUACACUGAGUAGAGAUGGCGAGGGUGGCCCAAUUUACACUUCCCAUGACCAUAAACAGCUAUUCUUUGAAAUUUGCACUUCUCCAAAUUUUGGGAUGCAGUUCUCCAACCAAAAUGCAUGUGCUUAUAUUGGAGGAAAGUGCACAAAAAUGAAAAUGUGCUUUGGUGACAGUAACAUGCAAAAUGCACUCUAUUAGAGAAAAUGGAUUGAAAAAUUGACUGUUAGGGGAAACGUACACUAAAAUGCUUGCAAAUUUUGUGAGGGCUUUUUUUUAAAAAAGCGCAAACUGCAAUUAAAAUUGCAAACUGAUGAGGAAAUUUGUUGAAGUGAAUUUAAGAUUGGGAAGAUGAGAAACGGUGGGAUUUACAGAUCCAUCUAUUCCUAACACUAAUAACAGACUACGUGGAACAUCGGUGAGGACUGGAAUAAACUCAGAAUCUAGCCUGUUGCCCCUGUGUUUGUGACCCGCUGUGGAUUUAAAGCAGGGUACUCUUAACUACAUGAGAUAAUGUGAUGUAAUUAAACUUUUGGAAGCAGAACACCAGGUAGUUUAGUUACAUAAGCAGUAUAUUCAGAGAGGUUUUCAGACAGUAUUAACUUUCUUUUCAUCCUCCUGCAUGCAUGCAUGCAUAAAAAUAAAAGUUGCUUAGCUACGGUGCUGGAAAACUUCCUCAAAUCUACAGCAACUGCAAGUAGGAUUUUAAAACAGGAUUCCACGUUGAGGAAGUGAAAAAUGGCUAACUGGCUGGGGUCCGGGCUGAAGAAAAACCCCAGUUGCUUUUAAACCUUGCUGCCUUCAUGAAGCAUAUGUGUUAUUCGACAACCUUAUGCAAAGAAGUUUCCCUUUUUAAAAAAACAUUAUUGAUGCUUAUAAAUUUAAAAUUUUUACUUAAAGCCCUGGCAGCUGUAUAGUGCUAUAAAAGCUUCCAAUGGACAGGCAUAGCUCUACUCUAAUUCACAGAAUAGCAGCACUCAGUUCUGAGUCAUGUGUAAUAUAGACCGCUUGUUCAAAGGUAGUAGAAAAAUCCUGCUUUCUGCUUGUACAGUCCUACAGCGGUACCUCGGGUUACAGACACUUCAGGUUACAGAUUCCGCUAACACGGAAGUAGUACCUUAGGUUAAGAUCUUUAACUCAGGAUGAGAACAGAAAUUGUUCAGCGGCAGCGCGGCGGCAGCAGGAGGUCCCAUUAGCUUAAGUGGUACCUCAGGUUAAAAACAGUUUCAGGCUAAGAACAAACCACCGGAACGAAUUAAGUUCUUAACCAGAGGUACCACUGUACGUUUGUUUUCGAACAGCUUAGUUCUCGAACGUUUUGGCUCCUGAACGCCGCAAAACCAUAAGUGAGUGUUCCGGUUUGCGAACUAUUUUUGGAAGCCAAAAGUCCGGUGGGGCUUCCGCGGAACUUCCUGCAGCCAAUCAGAAGCCGCGCUUUGGUUUCUGAACGUUUUGGAAGUCGAAUAGACUUUCACCCAUGGUCUCUGCACCAUUCUCAGCACUGUGGCUCAUGUCGAAGUGUUGCUGUGUGCAGCGCAUGUCCAAGCUAACUUGGGGAGCAAGCCCAUUAUGAAAUGCCAAACAGGCUCAAACUAGGCUUAUUAAGAAUAUGAUUAGAAGCUGCCUUUUUUGAGAAAAGCAGAGGAUUACCCUUCUCCAUGUCUUUUCUCCUGUGUAAUACCUUCCUGUACCUUUUGUUUUGUAAACUCAGCCACAUGUUCUUGGGUGGCCCCUUGCUCCCACUGUUAUGGAGAUUGUUGUGUCAAGGGGAGUGUACUGCCCUGGCUCAUUUGUUUCCCUUCUUGCAUUCAGACAAAGUUCUCAUAUCUGUUGCGAACAUAAAGAAAUACUGGCAAGGAUCCAAGAGGUCGAUAUUCUCAGUAGAUCUGGUGGUUAGUAGUUGCACGUUGAGUGAGGAGAUAGACUCUGCUUAUCAGGAUUCGAAAUUAGCAGGGCACCAGGCACAUUUCACGCCUGAAGAUUCUCCAUUUGUGAGCACCUCAAAAAAUCUGGGUACCAUUUUUUUGUGCCUGGCUGACACGCAACGUUUACUGAAAUGUCUGUGCUUUGAAGCUUCGAAGUACAGUUGUAUCUUGAUUCUUGAACGCCUUGGUACUUGUGCAUUUUGACUCCUGAACGCCAAAAACCCGGAAGUAAGUGUUCUGGUUUUUGAAUGUUUUUCGGAAGCCGCACCUUGGUUUUCAAAUGUUUUGGAAAUCGAAUGGACUUCCGGAACAGAUUACGUUCAAGAACCAAGGUACAACUGUAUAUGUUAAGGGUAGACAAUAUGUUAAGGAGUUUAACAAUAAAGAAUAGAAUUUUUGAAAACUGAAGUAUGGUACCAAUAUUUUUUAUUGUCAACACCAAAUUAAACAUAUAUUAACAAUUUCUGUUAAAAAUGUGAUAUUAACAUUGUGUCAUUGGAAUUGCGUAUUAGUUACUGCUUAUCAAAAUAAUAAAUAAAAAGUGUUGCUGACCGCCCCUCCCCCCAAGAAAUGCCAACUAGACAUUCUGUUUUAGUGCCCACAGGUCCCAAAAGCCAUUUGGCUCCUAGCUUUUCUAUCACAGUUUCUAUCACUAACUCCUUAGCUAUGCAGAACCCAGGGCAUCUGGAGAUAGAAAGAUGUGCUCCAGUUCUCCUUCUUUGACUGCUUUUCAAUGGGUUUUAUACAGGGGAGAUUCCUGGUGGAUUUUGCCUUCUGUUAGUGUGGGGAAGGGGGCAGUUUCUACUUCCAGACUCCAAAAUGUUAUGGGUUAGACCAGGCACUGGCAAACUCGGCCCUCCAUAUGUUUUGGGACUACAACUCCCAUCAUCCCUAGCUAACAGGACCAGUGGUCAGGGAUGAUGGGAACUGUAGUCCCAGAACAUCUGGAGGGCCGAGUUUACCUAUGCCUGGGUUAGACCUAUGAGUAAGGCUGGCAAGGGGACAAACUCAUGUGGGCAUCCGGGCAGAGCUACAUGACUGGCACCUCAUAACGGACAGGCCUACACCUGCAAGCUCAUUUACCUGUUGAAAUUUAGGCAGUGAGCCAAAUGGAUAGAUCAGCGUAUGGCAGAUAAGCCUUGUUGCUGUUAUGCAAUCCCUAAGUACACAUCUCUUCCUUCCUGCCCUGACAGGCUCUGCGCUGUUUAACCUAGCGCUUUCUGAGUUGGUUAGCCUGUGUCUGGGCUGCGUCAUUUCAGACGGUGGGUAGGGGCUUGCAUGGCCGAUAUUUUCCCCCUUCUAUACCCCCCCAAAAAAGUUAAUUUGCAUAGAAAGCUAGCUUCUUGUUACCUUUAUACAGUGGACCCUCCGGAUGCGAAUUAAAUUCGUUCCAGAUCUCUGUACUUAACCUGUCCGUAACUGGAGGCACUGCUUCUGCGCAUGCAUGCGGCACGAUAGAGCACUUCUGUACACACGUGCAGUGUGCAGAGCACUUAUGCGCAUGCUUCCGGGUUUGCCACGUUCGCAACCCGAAAGUUACGUAUCCAGAGGGUCCACUGUACCUCGCUUUUUACUCCAAGGAGCUCAAGGUGAUAGACGUGGUUCCCCACUUGCGCCCUGCAGCGUUGCAACAAACCGCUGAAGUCGGGUAGGUGGAAAAAUGAUGAAAGGCCCAAAGCCACUCAGUCAGCAUCAUGUUUGAGUAGAGAUUUGAAACCUGGACUCACAGCUCCUAGUCUGACAGAGGAGCCAACACACCUCAGUGGCUCUGUUGGGAAAGGUUCUAUCCUUGACCUGCUAGUUUUCCACGUGCAGAGAACUUUGUGUGCCAAACCUCAACUGCAGCCGAAAGUGGUUCAACCCGGACACGUUUUUUACCAUCUAAAUGCAUGUUCGGUUCCGCCUAUUGGGGCCAGCACAACACUUGUUUUCGGUGUUGUUUGGUAAUGUUUCGCCUGCUCUCUUCCCCUUUAGGAUCAAUUUGACACAAUUGAGCGCCACACUCAAUGGGGCCUGGACCUGAUGGACAAAUACGUCAAGUUUGUGAAAGAGCGGACAGAGAUCGAGCAGGCGUAUGCAAAGCAGCUGAGGUAGGUAUUAUGCCUGGGUUAUUACAAGGACGGCUGAGCCUGGCAGGGAAUGGCAGCGCUUGGGACGGGCCAUGGGGAGGGGAAGGGGAAGGGAUACAUCACCAACUGGUCAUUGUUUAUGCUUGGCAUCGGAGAAUAGCAGUUUGUCAGGGAGAGUGAGGUUUAAAAACUUGCUCCUGAGGUGCUUGAUAGAUUCUGGAAUAGUGUAGAGAUAGUGGGUGGAGUGACUUUUUUCUUCCCUUUUUAAGAUACUUGGUUAGAAUCAAGUUGAUUUUUCAUUCGGUUUAUGAUGGACAAAACAAUGAAGUUCUUCACAUUGUGAAUAAUUGUGGAACUGCCACUGGAUGUAGUGAUGGCCACUAUUUUAGAUUCAAUGAAACAGCAACAACGACACAGUGACACCUUGUGUGGCGUUUGCCCUCCUAGGUGUGUGACAUCAUACUGGGUCAUAAGUAAAGGGUUAAAUAAGUGUUAAAAUGAUUAACCAAUAGGAACCCAGGGGGAGGUGUUAGAGAUAGAGUUGUUAAGAAGUCAGUCUGGAGGGAGAGAGGGAGGAUAAAUCUGUGGAUUGGGUUAGUUUGAUGUGAGAGAGUGAGAGAAUCUGUUAAGAGGAGUCAGUUAAACAGUUGGGAUAAUCAUUUAGAAGGUAUUAGGAAGGUAUAGGCCGGUAAAGAAACUAAGGUUAAGAAACUGACAAGAAAAAUUAUCUGAAACCAUAAACUUGUUAAUGCUUAUAAAAUAAACUUUGUUAUUUGGUUUAAUGUUAACAACUGUCUGGACUCAGUGUGUACCCGAGAGAAAUGGGUUGGUGGCAGCGGGGAAGUGAGCACAGUGGUGGCACAGGGAUCAAUAGACCGUCAAACGUCCAGGGACCCUGUGUGAUCGCCACACCUUGGUUCUUGAACAACAACAACAACAACACCACAAUGACAACUUGGUUCUCAAACCUAGUCCAUUCCUGGAGUCCAUUCAACUCCUGAAACCGUUCGAAAACCAAGGCACGGUUUCCGAUUGGCUGCAGGAGCUUCCUGCACUCAAGCGGAAGCCGUGUCGGAUGUUCGGGUUCUGAAAAACAUUUGCAAACCGGAACACCUACUUCCGGGUUUGCGGCAUUCGGGAGCCUAUUUGUACGGGAGCCAAGCCAUUUGAGAACCAAGGUACCACUGUAAUUGCCAUCAUCUCUUAUUAAACCCAUCCUUGUGAAUUGAUCUAAUUCUCCUUCCUCCCCUCUCCCCCCAUCCUGCCCCCCAAUGCUUAGAGGCACUGCUCCUCCAAAUACUAAAUGUUGGGGAUAAACAGAAAAGGGGUUCUCCUUUCAUCUCCCACUUGUGAGCACCCACUGGAUGCAGGAUGCUGGGUUAAGUGGACCUUUUUAAUUGAGGCUUACAGUUUCAUUUCCAGCAUCUGCUCCCAGGUCUGUUUUUAUUCAUUCUCUCUCUCCUCCCCUACCCCUCUCCCCAUGAUUCACUGGUCCAGCCGAGUUCCCAAGCAGCUUUGUCCAGCCUUUGAGACACAGUCUCUUUUCUCUCUCGCCCUCUGUCCCUGCGCUUCUUAAAGCUGUCUCCUUCCCAGCCACUUGUUCCAGCUGUCCCUGAAGCAGAGCCAAAGACUCGCUUUGGACGGAGCCCCUUGUCCAGGAAGACCCAAAAGAGUGUUGAAUUUCUGGCUGACUCAGUACUUCAGGGGCCAUCCAAGUCCCUUUGCUCUUUGGCUGGAUCCUGUGACACUCAUUCCUACCACCACCACCCAGUCUGCCGGUCUGGAUGACCAGGCAAACUUGGAAUUGGGAGCAGAGUCCUCCGAGGUGAUUGAACUGGACAGCAGCAGCACAAAAGUUGGCUGCUUUGCUUUCCCCUCCUCCUCUUCCUCCAAUAAUCGAGUUGGUUAGUCUGUUCUCGUCCCACCUCUGCUCCCCACCCCCACCCAUCCUUUUCCACGAGUUUUACUCCUUUUAGAGUCAAGAAUUACUCAUUUGGCUCCUUUCCCUUAAAAGGGUUUCUCCUCUUCUCUUGAGCCCUAGAAUUGCAAAAAAAUUCAGAAAGGCACAAAGUCCAUCAACUGCGGGCUCCUUUAUACCUCAGCACUUCAUGCACCGUUUGCCAAAACCACAGGAAAUAACUAAACAAAGCGUCCGCAGAGCAAGUACAGUGCUUGCUCUCCUCCUGUUGCCCCUCUUCUGAAGCUUGCUUGAAAGCUACAGCUGAGCCUAGCAAAGCCUGUUCCCUUGGCUGAGCCGUAUAAUGACGCUACGAGGCGCACCUCUGUGGGAAAGCAGCUUAGGGGCCCCAGAGAGAAUGCCUUCUCCCUGGCCACCCCAUGCCCGAGGCUCUGAGGGCAGAGGAACUACCAAGAGGGAGGCCCCUGCUGAUCUGACCACCUGAGAGGCUCUGUGGGACAGGAGGCAGCCUUUCAAUGGCUCCCCGUAAGUUUCCAAUCACAAUUCAAAGUGUUGGUGUUGACCUUUAAAGCCCUAAAUGGCCUCGGCCCACUGUACCUGAGCAUCUCCACCCCCAUCGUUCUGCCUGGACACUGAGGUCCAGUGCCGAGGGCCUUAUGACGGUUCCCUCACUGUGAGAAGCCAUGUUACAGGGAACCAGGCAGAGGGCCUUCUCGGUAGUGGCGCCCGCCCUGUGGAACGCCCUCCCAGCAGAUGUCAAAGAGAUAAACAACUACCUGACAUUUAGAAGACAUCUGAAGGCAGCCCUGUUCAGGGAAGUUUUUAAUGUGUGACAUUUUAAUGUAUUUUUAAUCUUUGUUGGAAGCCGCCCAGAGUGGCUGGGGAAGCCCAGCCACAUGGGCAGGGUACAAAUUUAUUAUUAUUAUUAUUAUUAUUAUUAUUAUUUCAGGUAUUUGGAGUCUGAGUUGUUUAGGGCUUUAAACACGAAGGUGAGCACCUUCAGUUGGGCUCAGAAAUGAACUGGCAACCAGUGCAUUUGUUUCAGAACAGGGGUUAUAUGAGAUCUCAGUGGAACCCCAGCCAGUUCAUCUGGCUGCAGCUGCUUUUUGGACCAACCGAGGUUUCUGAAUCAUCUUUGAGGGCAGCCCCAUGUAUAGCACAUAGUGAAAAUCCACUCUGGAAGUUACCUGGCAAAAUCAGGUGGUCCUUGUUUGGUCCUGCACACAUUAGAAAAGAGUUUACUUGUCUUAUGGAACAACAUGGACACUGCUCCAAAGGGAACGUUUCCCUGUUAGAGCCAGAGAGGUCCUUUCUGUCCUUUUGGUACAGCAUAUAUAUCUUUAUUCCAAGACUGGAGGUUAAUUAUUAUUUACUUCAGUCUUCUGUCUAGCUUUGUAAGAAAAUCCAGUUCCACAUAAAAGUGGCUCAUCUUUCCUUAUUUUAAAAUGCAUCCCAACUUCAUCAUCAUCAUCAUUUUAUUUGUAUGCCGUCUUUCCAUAGUUAAAACAAUGCUCUAGGCGGCUUACAACGUGACAAGAUUUACAUAAUUACCAACGUAACAAAAGUCACAAGCAAUAUAUAAAACACAUCAAAAAGUACCCAACCAAAUGGAAAACAAUUUCCACAUAAAUCGUAAAAUCUAAAACUAAGAAUAUGGCAGUAGUAUCGAUCACAAUUUAAAAUGACAUAGAUAAAAAAUAAAAGCCAUUUAAAAAACAAAAACGGAGCCCUCUGUGUCCAACAGCAGCGGUAGCAGGCCUUUAUGGAGCCUGUCAGGCCUUGCCCCAAGCCAGGUGGAGAGAAACAGGGCAGGGCCCUUCAGGUCAGUCCUGGGCAGCAGGCUUGAUUUUCUCCCUAUUUCAAGCUCCCGUUGUGGGUCUUCCCAAUUCUGCUGUGUAUUUCUAAUAUUUGAAGAAAAAUGAAUUGGAAUUGGGGGGGGGGGAGCCUACUUUUGAAAACAAAAGAUUGGCAUGACCAAAGAUCCCACACUUUAGAAAAGAUAAGGAAGAUAAAAUAUUCGCUCAAUAUCCAGCAUUCAUGGGAAAUUGUUGUAUAAAACAUUACCAGCUUAUUUAAACCUGUCACAUUUGAUAAGAAUUAUCUCUGGGAUGUUCAUCUGUGCAGAUUAUCAACACUUCCAUCGACACAUGACUGGAGCUGCUUCUUAUAGGCCUAAUAUCGAAGCUGUCCAAUUUUUUACCUGGCUCCUGUUUGAUUUGUUAGCCCUACGGUGCAGCAAAAUGAAACAAGGUGACAGGAUGUCAGCCAAUAGAUGAAGGCAGGAGUUUGAUGUCUGAAUGAUAUAAGGAGGCAUUGGGAGGGUGGGGGCACAACGGGAGCUCAUCUUCAGGCAGCAAAAUGCCUUUGGCUAGCUCAUUUUCGCUCUCAUUUAUAGGAAUCUUGUGAAGAAGCAUCUUCCCAAGAGGACUACGCGAGAAGACCCAGAAUCAAAGUAUGUAUUGUGUCAAGUGCAUGUUUAGCUGCAGCGAUGCAUGAGAUAUUCCUACUCAGUGCUACACAUUUUUGCGGCAAAAGUACUCUGACCACAAAAACUUAGGUCAGUGGUUCACAGACUUUUGUGCUAUCAAGCCCUGGGCCCUUUGCAGGGCCGACCACCCAAGCAGUCAUUCAUGGUGGCAGUAAAAAAGGUAAAGGACCCCUGGGCAGUUUAGUCCAGUCAAAGGUGACUAUGGGGUUGCAGCGCUCAUCUCGCUUUCAGGCCAAGGGAGCCGGUGUUUGUCCACAGACAGCUUUACGGGUCAUGUGGCCAGCAGGACUAACCGCUUCUGGUGCAAUGGGACACCAUGACGGUAGCCAGAGUGCACAGAAACGCCGUUUACCUUCCUGCCACAGCAGUACCUAUUUAUCUACUUGCACUGGCAUGCUUUCGAACUGAAAAACACUUAUGUCCCUAUGGAGAUGGCAGUCCCGAGAUUAUCACCCCUCUUUUAUUGUCCAUUCCAGGUCGCCCAACCACUGCCACUGCUUGAUCUUGGCAGAUCAAGAUGAGCAGGUGACAGCAAAGGUUGCAAGGUUUUUGCUGGGGCAAUCAGAAUAAGAUGAACCAUUUGACUAUUGAUUCAAAACCCCAAAAUGUAUUUUAUAUAAUUGACUUUUAUUUCUGUUCUUUGUAUAUUGCAUUGUUGUUUUAUUGCUAUGGCCGAUGGCUGAUGCAAAUAAAGAUUCAUUCAUUCAUUCAUUCAUUCAUUCUCUGCUGCUGGGCACAACCUUCCUGCCUUUCCUCUCAUUUUCAGGUUCUGCCAAUAUCAGGCCUUUCUUCAGGUGGUGAAGGAGCUGAACGACUUUGCAGGCCAGCGUGAGCUGGUAGCUGAGAACCUUCUAACGCGGAUCUGUGUGGAGGUUGCCAAGUACUCGCAGGAGCUCAAACAGGAGAGGAAGUCGGUAAAGUGCUCCCCUGCCUUUGUAGGGUCAAGAAGCAUGGUGGUCAAUGGGGGGACCAAAUCAGGUUCUGAUUCUGCUGCCCAGGGGUCCUGAAGAACAAAACCAUUCAGGUGUACCUCUCUGUGAGGGGCUCUUCAUAUUUUGUGCUCCCCUGGCUCUCUUGCUGCUUGUUCAGCAGAAGUUGAAGGCAUAUCGUCCCUGGCCUUUUUGCCUUUGUGCAUACAGAGUGGAUCGCUUGGCCAUCUGUGGGGAGAGCUUCCAUGCUACUUCCAGAUGUUCCUGGUGGCUGCUGGCAUUGGCGUAGAGAUUUUUUAUGUACUUACUUACGAUGGCCAGGAUCCAGAGAACUGUGAAACUCAGUUCUGUAAGCCCAAGAGGGCUGUAGAUCUGUUCUUAGUUUGAGUAGCAGCCACUGCAUGCUGCGUGGCAAACUGCUUUCAAAAACUGUUUUUGACUGCUGAGUCCACCAUGCCUUAUUGUAAAGUACCCCCCUUAAAAAAAAAACCACACCCAAUUUUGGUUCAUCUGUCACUCUUCCAUCAGGAGAGUGUUUGCUAACAGAAAAAGCACAAUAAAAUAAAAUAAAACAACAACAAAAUCAAUUUGAAUAACAUAACAAAAAGGGGACACUAAAAAUAUCACCUUCUUGUUGCUAAAUUCUCCAUCUGCAGUGUUGACUUUUGAGUCACUGAGGGUUGGGAACUAGGAUAAUGUUAAAAUUAGGCAGGUUUUGGAGAGGAGGGCUAGCAAUAGAUUCAGGAUUUGAAAAUAUUGUAGCCACUGUGCUCUCUACAGCGCGUGUGUUUUAAUCUGUAUUUAUUUAUUGCAGUAUUUCUGUAUGACUUUUCAAAAUUAAGUUCUAUGGAGCAGUCUGCAUGACUUCAGCACAGUGGGACUAGAGUACCUGAUUAGGAAGUAACCUUGAAUUAUGAGUAGUUCUGGUUUUUCAAGCUGAGGCAUCUCCUUUGAAGCCCAUCCCACUCUGUCCCAAAACUCUCUUUUUCAGAUUGUAGACACUAGGGACUUGGACCUGUUUGGGGGCCCAUUUCUUCAGUAAGUUUUCUUAGGGUUGUAGUGUUCUGGUGAAAAGAUGGGGAGAAUUAGGUAGAUCGGGUAGCAGGUAGGUACAAGAAGACUCUUUUGGUAGUAGCAGGUGGCCUUUUGCUCUUUCUGAGGUACUUCCAUCAUCAUUUGAAAAUGAUUGACGGAACUGUUUGGAUUCUGGCAGAAGCAUCAUGACACUUCUAACAAAGGCUUUCAUUCGGUAAACUUUCUCCUUCUCCAGCACUUGCAAGAAGGCCGAAGGGCUCAGCAGCAGCUGGAGAACUCCUUCAAGCAACUUGAAAAUGUGAGUUGUUUUUAUCUUCAGCCUUGCUCUACAUGCAGUGUGCAGAGUCCGAGGCUCAUAUGCUCCGAAGACCUAAAACAACUUCUGUGGAUUUGGCCAAUGUUCAGAGCGGGAACACAGCUGUGGAGGGGUCAUUGAUCCCUUUAGAAUUCUCCAAACAUUUAGUGAAUGUUUCCUCUGUCCUUUUUUCAAAAUUAAAUUUGGGGAUGACAGAUGGAGGAAAGCAAGGAAGAGGACAGAAUCCAAUGCACAUGGAAAAAGAGAGGGGAAUGCACAAGCUGUAGCACUGGCUUUAUUAUGGCAUCAACUAUAGAAUUUCCUGUGUUUUGGAAGUCUCUAAGAACUUCUCAAUUUUUGUAAAUCAUCCGGGGGUGGGGGGGAGAUCCUAGCUUGGGCUAUUCAAGAACAAGCCUUUAUAAACCCAUCUCUGGCAUUGUUGCUAGCGCUUUGUUCUUGUUGCAUGAAGGGUUUUAAGAGAAGAUUUCAAAGAAGGUGCAAUAGAAUAAUGUGCAAAUAAGCCAAGACUGAAACCUUGGAAGACCACAGGGAUCUCUUGUCAACCUGUAAAUGUUUUUCAAGAGCCCUUUGUAGGGGUGUGUAUGCAUUAGAUGUAGACUCAAAAAGAAAUGGUAUACUUGCUCAAGUUUCCCUUAAAGCAGAAAAAAAAUCAUAUUAUAAGACCUUGCAUAAUUGAAUGUCCUUCCUGCAUACAUUCACACGCAGGUACACUCAGUUUUUACAUGUGAGUGUGCAUGCACUUGCCAAAGUCAGUUCCUGCCUUCCCUAUUUUGGCUGUGCAGUGCCUCCAUUGCUACGUUCUACAAGACACAAACACAUUGUUGUGUUUACUUUUCCCCAUAUUAAUUAGUGGGAGGAAUUGUUUGUGGGCUUUGUUUUACUUUAGAGCCCAGUUUAGAAUAUUCACUGGGCUGAAUUUUGAGCCCUGCCUUAAGCGUAACCUUGAACGUGGAGACAGUCUGGAAAGACAAAUCUUAAGUGGCCUUCCAGUUGGUGAACUUCAGUGAAGCUCUUGCUAUCGAAACUGGGAAAGGCCCCCUGUCCAUUCUCCACCUCUCCCCUCCCUGUCCACUGGGGUACAAUCAAUUUUACCUGAAUUACCCCCACCCCAAUAAAUUAUGCCGUCUGUCCCCCCACCCCCAAAUAAAAGGUGAGCUCACUUUUUUAGUAGCUUCUUUCAAAGCCUCAGCAAGCUUUGAAAGUAGCUCCAUAGACAGUGUACACAAACAGCUUUUCCACCCACUCCUUUUCCAGUAAAUGUUUGCAUGUGUCAUUUAAUUGUAAGCCUGCAGCCAGAGUCUUUUUUAGUGUUAUUGAUUGUACUGCACCUUGUUUUGAAAGCCCGUUAUACAUAACAAUCUGUUAACCCCUCCUCCCAUUUCCAGCUUUUAUUUGAAAGCCCAGAACGGGGCAAACAAAACGGGAGCACUUAACAGGUGGUGUGAUUUAAUCCUGCCUGUGAAACCAAGAGAUCUCAUCGCCUAAGUGCGAGUGAUGCUCAUGUCUGUAUCCUUGCAAGAGAGAUAUGGCAGCAUCUAAUGCUUUGCAUCCAAAUGGAUGUAGCCUUUCGUUAGGCUUGCUGUUGUGGGCAUCCCUCACUCUCAAAGACUCUCUCUCUUACCCGCAGAGCAAACGCAAGUUUGAGCGAGACUGCCGAGAGGCUGAGAAAGCUGUGCUGACUGCCGAGAAACUGGACCAGGACAUCAAUGCUACCAAGGCAGAUGUGGAGAAGGUCAGUGCUUUUGAAUAGGAGUGUGCCACUGCUCCCCAUCCCUAAUAGCGUUUAGGAGGGUAUCGGAGUUCUUCUGCAAUGGAAGUCAUGACGGAUAUCCCUUGUUUGCUUGUGCCCUGUAACUGACCACCUACCCCUUGCUUUUGCUUAUGAAAGCUUUCUAAGCAAACCACAGCUUCUUUCUCACGUUAGCCAUUAAAGCCAAGACAUCAUAUUUUUGGGAGAUAGUGGGUGGGUGGGUAUGGAGGACUCCCUGGUCCUGAAUGGGGUAACUGUGCCUCUGAAUGACCAGGUGUGCAGCCUGGGAGUCAUUUUGGACUCACAGCUGUCCAUGGAGGUGCAGGUCAUUUCUGUGUCCAGGGCAACUGUUUACCAGCUUCAUCUGAUACGCAGCUGAGACCCUACCUGCCUGCAGACUGUCUCAUCAGAGUGAUGCAUGCUCUAGUUAUCUCCCGCUUGGACUACUGCAGUGCACUCUAUGUGGGGCUACCUUUGAAGGUGACCCGGAAACUACAACUAAUCCAGAAUGCUGCAGCUAGACUGGGGACUGGGAGUGGCUGCCGGGACCACAUAACACCGGUCCUGAGAGAUCUCCAUUGGCUCCCAGUACGUUUCCGAGCACAAUUCAAAGUGUUGGUGCUGACCUUUAAAGCCCUAAACGGCCUUGGCCCAGUAUACCUGAAGGAGCAUCUCCACCCCCAUCGUUCAGUCCAGCGCCAAGGGCCUUCUGGCGGUUCCCUCACUGCAAGAAGCGAAGUUAUGGGGAACCAGUCAGAUAGUUGUUUAUUUCCUUGACAACUGAUGGGAGGGCAUUCCACAGGGCAGGUGCCACUGCCGAGAAGGCCCUAUGCCUGGUUCCCUGAAACAAGAGCAUGCACCACUCUGGCGAGACAGUCUGCAAGACGGUCCUACGGUUUACAUCUUGUGGUUUGUUUGGGAGAGCUAAACCCACAAGCCUAGGUUUGGAUGACUUACUAAGCCCAGGGGCGGGGAACCUUGGUUCCCCCCAGAUUUUGCUGGGCUCCCUUGAUCCCUGAGCACUGGCCAUGUUAGCUGGUAGGAAUUGGAUUCCCUCAGCGCCUGAAAGGGCCACAGAUUCCCCACCUCUGCUGUAGAGCUGACUGUAACCAAAGUAUUUCUGCUGAUCCAUUUCCCCUUACCUUCUCCAGGCGAAGCAGCAGGCAAACCUGAGGAGUCAUAUGGCUGAGGAGAGCAAGAAUGAAUAUGCUUCAUAUCUGCAGAAGUUUAACCACAAUCAGAGCCAGUUCUACUUUUUGGAGAUGCCACAGAUCUUCAAUGCAAGUCUCUCUAAGCAACUUCCUAACAUUUUAGUUUAGAGUUUUCUGCAACUCCCUUUACCCUAAGCCGUCCUUCAAAGUAGCCCUCAACAAACAAUAAAAAGCCAUAGAACAUUUUAAAAUAAACCUUGCUCUAUAAAAAUCAACCAUCUAGCGAUUCUUCUACAUGAACCGACCUGAUUUGCAGUUCCACACUAAUACACAGAUCAGAAUGCAAUCAUCCUUCUGCCCUUCUCAAAAUUUUGCAAUACAGUUCUCUGCUCAAAGAAACAUAACAAAAUGCAUGUAUAAGUUUUAAUUCCAUCCAAAAAGCAUAUUUGUGGCAGGUCGUGGGGGAAAUAACAAAAUGCAAAUUUUAAUGCAGGGUUUUGUUGUUGUUUUUUAAUCACAUACUGAUGUGGAAACAGGGCAGAACGUACUUAAGAACAAACACGUGUGAAACUAGCAUGAACCAGAAACACACUCUGAUCUUUCCAUCCCUGCAACAAGGGGUAAACAUAACAGCUCUAAAAACUAGCUGUCCAGCAGCAGCAGAUUGGGACCAGCAAACGACAAGGAUUGCUAAAAGCUGGAGGAAAAGAUAGACCUGCCUCAGGUCACCUAAAAUGAAGCAAGCGCCAUGGAACUUUCAGAAAAGGGAGUUCCAUAAAACUAGAGCUUCUCCUAGAGCAGCUCUUUUUGUGGCUCCUCCUCGUGGAAUAUUUUCUCUCUCUCUGACUUCAGAUAUUAGAUAGGCUCUCAGCCUUCCCCCAGAAGAAAAUAACUUGGCAGUGGAGGUCAUUGGGGACCUAUAACACAUGUCUUCGUCAGGAAGUUCACCUUGGGCCACUGCAGCCUUGUUAAUCUCUGCUCUGUGGGGAAGGCUUCUAGCAUUUGUGGGAAAAGGGGCUGGUUGAGAAUGUGGAAAGAUCCCAUGACAAAGAAAGCAGGAACCUCCUCUCUGGGGGUAAUGGAGGAAGGUGGGUGGGUUAAUAACCUUUCCUAACUUCACAAGUGCCAUUCCUGGGGUGGGCUUUUUUAAAAAAAAUUCCUUGAACAUUAUUAGGGCUGCCACACAAAGUAUUCAGGCUGCAAUUGUGUACAUACCUACCUGAGAGUAAAUUCCAAAUUGAGCUGAAUGGGACUAACGUCUGAGUAAGGCAUGCAUUGGAUCCUUUUGUUAAUUGAUUAACCGUCUGCUUUAAAACCUAAAAUUUUAAAUUUGCAUUUGUCUACUACCAGAACCUCAGUAAUAAGGGCCUUUUUGUGAUAACCUGACAACAAACCAUAGCUACCCUUCUUAAAAAGGAAAGGUGGUUUUAAAAGGGUUUCUUAUUCAUUUCCCACUGCCUCAUCAGAAAAACUUUAAAAACAUAGCUUAGAAAAUAAAGAAGGCAGUUUAUUGCUUCAUCGAUUAAAAUUGAUCCUUGCCAGUUUGCAAUCUACUGAUGAUAGUCCUGAAAAUGCUAGAAAAUGCACUCACACCCUAGUUGUCCCGUUACCUAAAAUAUUUUUAUCUGGAGACAACUGGGAAGUUGAGCCUGGAUGGUAUUGCAUUAGAACAAACCCAAAUACGAAGAACAGGCAAGAAAAACUGAUGAGUUAUGUGGAGUUGGCGAAGCUGACAGACAGACUUCGGGGAAAGGACAGUAGGGAUUUUGAAAAAGAGUGGGAACCUUUUAUAUCAUAUUUGCAGAAGAAAAGAAAGAAUAUUGACCUGAUGGUAGGAUUUAAAUAAACAUUCAAAACCUUAUGGAUAGGGAACAAAUAAUGUAAUAAAAGGGAAAAUAUUAUAUUCGUAGAAAAUAGCAGAAUAUACUAAUGAGAUUAAUAAAUCAGAAAUGGAAGCUGAGGGAAGUCCAAAAGGGGGGAGGGAGAGAUGUUAUGUAAGUUGAAUAUUAUAAGUAUAUUUGGAAUGAGAGAAAAGAAAAUUAAUUUAAAAAGUUUAUUUUUUAAAAAAAGAACAAACCCAAAUGCAGCUAUUAUAACAGGCAUUUUUUAGAUGGCAUCGUGACAUUUUAAAAUUUGCACCAGCCUUCCCAGUGCCACAUGCCUUGCUGACUGCAAGGAACAGAGGCUUGAUAACCAGACGGGCCUCUUCGUUUUGUGGGUGAUGUGGGUUCUGGUAGGACGGGGGUGCUGAGGGGAUCCUAGCUCCCUGUGAGGAACCUUCCCUCUCUAAUCCUCAAGUUCUGAUUGUCCCUUUUGUGUGUGUUGCUCCCUUCCUUCCCCCCAUUCCUAGAAGCUGCAAGAGAUGGACGAGCGGCGGACACUGCGCCUCAAGGAAGGCUACAGUGUUUUUUCAGAGACGGAGCAGCAAGUUAUGCCCAUUAUUGGGAAGUGCCUGGAGGGCAUGAAGGCAGCUGCAGAUGUGGUGGAUGAGAAGAACGUAAGUGCCUCCCAGAUAAGUUGUAACAUUUCCCCUGGGUACUGCAGAAAAGUUGGUGUGCUGUCAAAUAACCGCUGUAGUCCAUGCAUAGGUAAUAAUAAUAAUAAUAAUAAUAAUAAUUUACUUAUACCCCACCCUUCUGGCUGGGUUUCCCCAGCUGCUCUGGGCGGCUUACAAAAUAGAUAAAACAUAAUAAAGCAUCAAACAUUAAAAACUUCAUUAUCUCCUUGACAUCUGAAGGGAGGGUGUUCCACACAUUAAAAACUUCCCUGAACAGGACUGCCUUCAGAUGUCUUCUAAAUGUCAGGUAGUUGUUUAUCUCCUUGACAUCUGAAGGGAGGGUGUUCCACAGGGCGGGCGCCACUACCAAAAAGGCCCUCUGCCUGGUUCCCUGUAACUUCACUUUUUGCAGUGAGGGAACCAGCAGAAGACCCUCAGAGCUGGACCUCAGUGUCCAGGCUGAGUGAUGGGGGUGAAGACGUUCCUUCAGGUAUACCUUGGUUCUCAAACAACUUGGAACCCAGACACUGCAAACCCUGAAGUAAGUGUUCCAGUUUGCGAACCCUUUUUUUUACUCACAUUUCAGUUCACAAUAUGAUCUCUGAAAGGCAGGCUUUACUUGGUAGUUACAUAAGGAAAGAGUGAGUUUGUCUCAUAGAGAGACUGAACUCACGUGCUGCUGGCUGAGAGCCAGCAGACAGCAAAAUUAUAUUAAUAGAACAGAAUGACUGCAGGAGAGCAGCGUGGCAGCAAAAGAUCAUCAAGAGAGCAAUAAGAGACAAGACAAACUGAGAAAAUGGCUGCAUGGCUCUUUUGUGGAGUCAGCCAGAGCCAUGGCCACAUGCAGGGAGAGGAAGCUCCAGACCAGUGGAACAGGAAGUUACACUGACUGGAUGUCCCCCUGCUUGUGUCCACUCUAGGGAAAUAAGGAGUGUUGCAUUUGACCGUACCAAUGGAUUACAUCCCACAAACUCAGUGUACUCUCAAACUAUCACAAAUUUUCUGCCAUAUCCUCUUCGGGUCCUCAGCAGGACUGAUAAUGGGUGUCCCCAACCCCAUCUCGUUUGUAUUGUGUUGGCUCAGCAGCACAACUGGGCUGGAGGUGGUUCUGUUCCUCAAGGUCACUCAGAAGGAUGUUCUUCUCCUGUAGGAUUCCCAGAUGCUGAUUGAACUGCACAAAUCGGGCUUUGAGAGGCCAGGAGACAUGGAUUUUGAAGACUUCAGCCAACCCAUCAAUCGUACCUCAUCAGACAGCAGCCUUGGCAACCCCCGCGGCACCCUCGAUGGUCGCCUGGACCCCCGCCUGCUGGGCAAGAGCAAGGGGAAGCGCUGGCCCUUCAGCAGGAAGAGCAAGGUGAGGACUGGCAUGGAGGGCCUGGGACAGCCUGGAAAAGGGUGGCCGGGAAACAGGGUGGAUAAAAAUCAAUGAUUUAAAAAUAAAUUUUAAAAAAUCAGAUUUCUAAAUUUUAAAUUGGAAUUUUUUAAAAUUAAAUUGGGGUUUUAAAAUAAAAUGCUUUUGGAGGAAAAAUCUUUCUAAAGAUAGUUUUCUAUUUAAGUUACAUUAUAGUGCAAAGGCUAUUCAUCAGGAAAUAAGGAAUUGUUUUAAGUUUUUCAUGUGUGCUGAAACUUAGUCUAAGCCUCUUCUUUUUUUUUAAAAAAAAGAAGAAUUUGUUUAACUACAUCAGUUAACAUGGAUACAUAUGCUAUAAUGUUAUUGUUUUAGUUAAAUAAAUUGUUUCAAUUGUUAUUAAGGAAACGAUUGUUUUUCUCCUUCCAAUAAAGUACAGCAGAAAAAUUGUCCAAAUAUAAACAGUUAACUUAUUAAACCUCACAAUAAUUUCAUAAUUAUCUGUCUAUGUAUUUCUAAUAGCAGAACCAAAUCAGUAAUUUUUUAUAUAACUGUAAAAACUACUCUGAUAAUUGAUUAUUCCAAAAAUGAAACCUUCAUCUGGUUGUAAAUAUUAAAUGAUUUAAAUCAAGUCUUACUGACUAGUGCAGGCUUCCUCAAACUUCGCCCUCCAAAUAUUUUUGGCCUACAACUCCCAUGAUUCCUAUCUAGUGGACCAGUGAUCAGGGAUGAUGGGAAUUGUAGUCUCAAAACAUCUGGAGGGCCGAGUUUGAGGAAGCCUGGACUAGUGAUUUAAAUCAUUUUGAUUUAAAUCAAAUCCACCCUGCCAGGAAGUAUUGUCCUUCUGCCCUCAACCCAUUGGCCCUCAGGGGCCAGUGUGGGAUUCCCAUAGCUACCAGGUUCUGUUCACAGAUCUGGUUGUGGGAUUGAGUAAAAUUGGGGGAAGGAUUGGCGAGAAGAGGGGUGAUCACCGCAGUGUUUAUCUCCUGGGUUCCUCUCCAGUCCGGGAUCUCCAGCAGGUUGCCCCUUUUGACCUCACUCCUUCCUCCCUGCCUCUGCCACUUUGCUCGUCUGCCAGAUGGCAGCACGACAGGCAAGCUAGCAAAUGCCAUGAUUUUGCAUCUCCCUCCAUGUCAUUCCACUUUCUGGCUGCCCUCUCCCAUCUCCUUUCCGGCUGCUUGUACUAGUCCUUAACAAAGAGGUUUCUCCUCUAACUUUCUGGGCCUGACCAAUGCUUCCCCAAAAGUGGUUUUCUUGCAAUAACUAAUGGUAGUCACCUCUGCCGUUGGAAGGUCGUAACUUGGCUAUCCCUUCCUUCCUGUUAUUCAGCCACUGGCCAGGUCAGCCUCCUGCCCUUCGUGUCACCCGGGCUCUCUGCUAUGGAAGCCUUGGAUCUCUGCCUCUGGAACCUGCUAUUCUCACUUCCAGCUGCCCCUGUCACUCAGAGGAGGGUGUUCCUCUUCCCUACAGUCCCUAGCUGACCCCUGUGUUUGUAUUAUGGAGAUGGUUAUGGCAUAGGCCCAAGAUCUGCUUCAGCAAGCCCUCACAUUUCUAGCUAGUUUUCUCCAGAGGCUCCUUUAUAACUUGUGCACAGGCUGUUCUUACGCAAAAAGCUCAUUUUAGCAAGGCCUUCCUUCCUUCCUUCCUUCCUUCCUUCCUUCCUUCCUUCCUUCCUUCUUUCCUUCCUUCCUUCUCCCACCUGAACAACUUCCUCGGGUGCUGUGAAGGUUCCUUUCUCCUGCUUUCCUCUUAAGCUGCCCUUCGUUUUGCUCCCUAACUCUUCUGCUGCUAGAUCUGGGCUGUGAACUCUCCUCAGCCACAUCUGUCCUGUAAAUCUUGCAGUGCAGAUGUUACAGGAGAGCCAGACUCUGCUGGCUUGGCUCACAUAAAAAUACUGUGUAAUUUCUUCCAUGUCCUGUGUGAUGCCUUGCUUCUUGCUUCCUGUUGCUUCCUGUUUUCUCCUUGCGUAGCCACAAGUGUCUUCUAGUUGGGGAGGAAAUCAGAGCACUAACUCUGUUGACCUUGGGUCUUUGGUUGUUGUUGGGCUACAACCCCCCACCCCCUCACCAUCCGCUGUGCUGGCUGAGGAAGAUGGGAGCUGUGGUCCAGGAUCCAAUGUUUCUCUAAGAGAACUUGCCAGGCCCCUUUUUAGCUCAUGUGGGACACCCAAAAGAUCUUCAGUUAUAGCCCCUCCUUCUUUUGCUUCCUGCAUCCGGGAGGUGAGGUGGCAAAGGCCGUUCAUAAUCUCAGCGAAGCCUUGUUUUCCUUCCGUCAUGCGUCCCACACCGGUCUGAUAGUUCUUGCCUCUCACUUACCGCCCCCCUCCCGGCAACAGUGCUUUGAGAUGCUGACUUCUGAGCCAAAUGAGGGUGUGUAUGCCAAAAUCCCAGCAUUCCCUUGAUCGAUAAAGUCUCUUAGAUUCUGGCUUGCUGCCUUUAAGCCCCACUGCCCGGUGCCGAUGCUUUUCACAGCAUAUAUAUUGCCUUUAUUCCCCAUCUUUCUUCUGCCGUGGAACCUAAGGCAGCAAACAGGGUUUUUUCAAGGCGGUCUCCCAUCCAGUCCCCGACCAGACUCUCACCCGCUGAGCUUCAGCAAGUUUCUCUUCCUAGCUUGCGCAGGGCUCCCAAGCUUCUUGCAGUUCCCCCAUGGCAAGGUGCAGCCACGCCGGAACGAGUCUGACGCAAUUCCUCAGCCGCGACUCUCCCAGCUGUUGCAAACCAAGUGCCAAUUUUGCGCAGCUCGACAGGAAGCUGCUGCCGGGCUGGGGUGCUCCCCUGAAGCGACCGCAUGCUGCUUUCUCAUCUUGAUUGGCAGCGUGGCCUUCAGAGGCGCAGGGAAUUUGGGUCCAGCUCCGAGGAAUCCCUUGACCCGCCAUGUGACUCAUUCCAAGAGAGACAAAGGUUGUGUGUUUUCGUCAGGGUGCUCUCAGUAAAGCAAGGCUGAUUCCACCCUGUGAUGGGGUAGUCAGCAACACAAAGCAACAUUUCAAGGGGGAAGGGUCCAUUGGGAGGAGGGGUGAGUUGCACGAGCUCUGAAGGCUUAAUUUGAAACAGGGAGAGAAUGGGGUGGGGAGUGGAAACGGUGGCUCCCUCAAAGUAUUCAGUGCUACUGAAUUCCCUGGUCUUCAAAAAUGGUUUCUGAAGGCUGAUCGCCAAAGAAUUGAUGCUUUGGAAUUAUGGUGCUGGAGGAGACUCUUGAGAGUCCCAUGGACUGCAAGAAGAUCAAACCUAUCCAUUCUGAAGGAAAUCAGCCCUGAGUGCUCACUGGAAGGAAGAUCCUGAAGCUGGAUCCUGAAGCUCACUAGAAGGACAGAUCCUGAAGCUGAGGCUCCAAUACUUUGGCCACCUCAUGAGAAGAGAAGACUCCCUGGAAAAGACUCUGAUGUUGGGAAAGAUUGAGGGCACAAGGAGAAGGGGACGACAGAGGACGAGAUGGUUGGACAGUGUUCUUGAAGCUACUAACAUGAGUUUGACCAAACUGCAGGAGGCAGUGGAAGACAGGAGUGCCUGGCGUGCUCUGGUCCAUGGGGUCACGAAGAAUCGGACAUGACUAAACGACUAAACAACAAUAUUGUAUCCCAUUCCUUCAAACCUCAUACUCCCAUGGCAUUGCAGGUUAGGGCCACCCCUUAAAUCAUGGGAUCGGUGACCAGGAAUUUCAGGGUUGGGGGGGGGCAAUAUCUAAGGACAUGUUUGAAUGAGAUGCCUACACAGAAAGCCAGCUUUGCAUCUUGGCAUGACUCUGCAACUCCCUCUCUCUUUUUCAUACUGUCCGUGGUGGUGAAGUGUUGCUCUACAUCUUGUGCUGUUACCUCCUGCCUCUCCCCCCCCCCACUUCCCCAUGUAUUCUUGGUGGUGGGGUUUUAUUACAGUGCAUUCCUGUUAUAUUGGGCACACUGGAUUGCUAUUUGUAGUCUUGUCAGGUGGUUGAGGUAGGCGAACUUAGCCAUUGCUUCUCAGGGCAAAUGGUUUCUAAAAACGUUUGGCCAACGUGUUGUUCUCCAUUGUAAGAAUGUACCGUAUAGAUGGAAUGUACUGUAAUUUUUGUUGUUGUUGUGUUUUGGGGGUGGUUUUUUUUGUGUGUGUGUGUGUCUCUGUGUGCCUUUUUAUUUUCUUACAGAGUUUUCUCCAUUCUUUUGUGUUUCGUUUCCUGUUCAUGACCCUUGUCUGUCGCUAGCUUCCACCCCCUCCCCUCUCUCCCUUAAGUUGCCCUUCCUCCUCCACUUCUUCCCCUUCCUCAUCUGCCAUCAAUGGACCUCCAUCCCCCAAAUUCACCCGUGACCCCCUGUCUUACUGUUUGAACGAGAUCAAUAAGACAGUCAAACCCCGCAUCACGUCCUUCCGCAGCCUCAAACGGGGGGUAAGUGGACAAUUGCUCUUUGCUAAACCAGCAUCACGUGCCUCCUGCUUCCAAAGGCAGCUGCCUGCCAGUUGUAGUUUUGGUGCUGAGAAGACACUUUUUAAAAAGCCAGAAUCCUAGAUCACCUAUUCGUUUCAAAGCAGCCACUGUUUGCCAAUACACUGAAUAUGGAAAAGAGACAUUUCAAAUUUGAAUAUGCAGUCAGUCUAUCCAUUGUCUGUUUUUGGUGCAGCUGGUUAUGCUGCUUUCUUGACCUCAGGUCUGACAUAUAGCUAUAAAAUGUCUUAAAGACAGAUAUUGCCCCUCCCUCUUCCAUUCUGACCCAUAGAGCCUCUGAUACAUGGAGUCUUGCAAGGGCAAUGAGGUCCAUUGAGCUCAGAUACUAGUACAAGUGACUUCAGGCGAUAGCUUGCCUGAGAUAUGGGUUAUUGACUUUUUAGCUGUGCCUUAUUAUUAUUAUUAUAUUUUAUUUGCACAGACCGAAACAAGAACUAGUUUUAGCUCCAAUGAACUGGCAGUCGUAGUCCACGCAUGAAUGUAGUUUCAAAGACUUGCACUUUCCAAUCUUACACACCUAAAGCAUUCUUAUGCAUGCUUCCACGAAAUCAUGCCAAAGCAGUUCACAGUAAAAGUUGGAGGAAGAGAAGGGUUUAGUUGCUGUAUUUCUUCGGGGCUCAGAUAAGGUGGCUUUUACUUGGGAACAUGUUACAAGCUUAGGUGGUGGGAGAAAUUGGAAGGCACCCUUCUUCCCAAAGCAAAGCCCAUCAGUUCUUAUCAAUCAGUCUGCACAAUUCAGGCCACAUUUAUGCCACAAAAGCAAAUGAGCAAGUGUGCUGGAAGACGACGCUUAUGGAGCAAAUAACUCUGGUGAUUUGUGCAGUUGAGUCGAAUUACACUCUGUAGGAGGGAGGCAAACACACUCCCUGCCUUGCCUCUGUCACUGCCAAGCAGCCCCAGGGUAGAUUGUCUUUCAGCCUUGGUGCGACUCCGAUUGUGGUCCCUUGUUUUAGAAAGACCUACGGAUCAUGGAAUUGGAAGGUGCUCACAGCCCGCUGUGAUAAUCUGCAGUUGUCUAACAAGGUCAUAGAUGCCUUGGCUUGCUUUUCUGACUAGAUCUGGUGAGGGUGCCUGUUGCCCCUCUGUUCUGACCCUUACAGCGCACAGUAGAGAAUGAAGGACACAAGGGUGGAAAAGAAGGCUGCUGCAUUUUCACCCUGGCUGUGUGCUAAGAAGUCCCCAGUCUGGAUCUAACCCUGGCCUUCACUAAUUGGUCUUAUACAAUCCAUGCACCACUCAUGCUCAAACUACACGUGUUGCUUAGUAGCGUGAGGUUUUCCCCUCCCAAUUUAUUUAUUUGCCCUCCAAAGCUGUGUGGUAAAACAGGAGUUUGGAGUGGAAGAUCAUACAGGUGGGGGAGGUGUUUGCUUGUUGCUUUCCACUUUUCCUGUCCCAAGUCACUCCCCAGUCACUUUCACCCCACGGAGAGGAAAGGUACAGGUGGUCUAGCUUACAGGUUUGCCAUAAGAACUGCUGAAAUAAUGCUAUGAAGUUCUUUGAAUGCUCAAAAGCACUGUUGAUUAUUUCUGGUGGACCUGCCCUAGUGCCCUAUACAUAGAGCUGGGUGUUGGGAUGCGUCCAAGGGAAUGGGGGCAAUUGGCACGCCCCCAGCUGGCUCCAGCCCACUAGACGGCAGCCGGGCGAACUCCAGUUCUUGGAUCAGCAUAUAACUGCGACUCGAGUUUCAUGAAACCUUCAGAAACUGAGCACGCAAGCCAGCAGAGAUAAGAACUCUUCGCAACAGAAGGGCAGAUUAAAGGCUGUGUAAAGCAUAUUUAGGGACGCGGGUGGCGCUGUGGGUUAAACCACAGAGCCUAGGACUUGCCGAUCAGAAGGUCGGCGGUUCGAAUCCCCGCGAGGGGGUGAGCUCCCGUUGCUUGGUCCUUGCUCCUGCCAACCUAGCAGUUCCAAAGCACGUCAAAGUGCAAGUAGAUAAAUAGGUACCGCUCCAGUGGGAAGGUAAACGGCAUUUCCGUGCGCUGCUCUGGCUCUCCAUGAGCCGGCCACAUGACCUGGAAGCUGUACGCCUGCUCCCUCGGCCAAUAAAGCAAGAUGAGCGCCGCAGCCCCAGAGUCAGCCACUACUGGACCUAAUGGUCAGGGGUCCCUUUACCUUUUUAAAGCGUAUUUACAGGCAUUUUAUUCAGCAUCAGGACAAAGGAAAAACAUGUCUGCUCCCCUUCGUGUCCAAGCAAACAGCGUAAGCUAUACACAAAGGCAAGUUCCCAGCAAGCUGUGCUGGUGUGUAAACAGGCAUGUGACACACAACAAUCCACACAUCUGUUUUAAGGUGGAAUGGAAUAUCAAUAUCCUAACACUAUUUAGGGCAAGCAAGAUCUGCUGCAGCAGGGCCUGUGAGGCUUUAGGGCAGGGGCCGGCAAAUUUUUUUAGCCACGGGCUGGUCCACUGUCCUUCAGACCUGAGGCAGGCCAGAGAAGCGGCACCAGGGGGCUGGAAGAAGAGGCGAGGGGGGCAAGUAGUCCUCCUCCCCACUCCCAGCUUCUGCGCUUACCUUCCCAGGGACUGCCGCUGCUGCCACCACUACUGCCGCUGCUGCUUCUCGUGGGUCGGCAGAGCGAGCUCAUCCACUCCACUCUCUGGCCCGCAGGAGUACCAGGGCAGUGGCGGCGGCACUGGAGGGAAGAUGAGCAGCACAAAAGGGCUGGCUCCGGAGAGGGGCUGCUUAAAAUAGCGCUCAGCCAGCUCAGUCCAGCCCCCUUCCUCCUCUAGGCAGGGCAGGAAGAAGCCUGGAGGUGGCGCUGCAGUGUGUGAGGGAGAGAGGGGAAAUGGAAUGGCACAGGGGGGGAAAUGGCGCAGCCCAAAGGAACAGAAUCCCCACGCUGAUCCACAGACAGUCUGCGGGCCAGAUCCUGAAGGUAAUUGGGCCUGAUCUGACCCGCAGCCCUUAGUUUGCCGACCCCUUCUUUAGGGCCUGGGAUCAUUGCCGCCUGCAAGCUGUCAGUGGUCCUUUCUGUGCCUGGGGCUGUACUAAAUGAUGUGCCCUAAACCACAGAUGAGCUGGACAGAUUAGGUGGACAAGGGAAGAGGCAGGGGUUGGGGUCAGUAGGGCAAUGCGCAUAGAGGCGCCUUAAGGGCACCAGUCCCAUUCAUGUGUGUGUCUUUUCCUGCUGCCAGACUGUGAUCACGGAGGACUUUAGCCAUCUGCCUCCAGAACAGAGGAGAAAAAAGCUCCAGCAGAAGAUUGAAGAAAGGAAUCGGGAGCUGCAGAAAGAACUAGAUCAGAGGUCAGAAACCGAAAACCACCAUCCUUUUCGCUUGUUAGGCUCUUAAGAUGAGAUUUGUGUGGUCUAAGCGGUGCUUAAAAUUAGCUCUUGGCAGUUUUAAAUAUAUAUAUAUAGAGAGAGAGAGAGAGAUUUCAGUAUUUGAAUCUUUUCAAAAUCUGUAAUUAAACUUGAUAGUUAAUAAUGGUUUAUAAUAUCCAUGAACAAUCUAGCCUUCAGUGUUACCGACACCAGGCUUAGCCCAAGCAGUUUUACUCCCUCUUUUACUGUAGUGCUUAGAAUUCAGCCCUCUAUAUGCCUGUUCAGAAGUAAGCCCCGUUGAGUUCAAAGGGACUUAAUCCCAAGUAAAUACCUAUAGCCUUUACUUUGGAGGCCACUAUCUCGUCGGUCUUUUCCAAACAGCCAGGCGGGGUCCGCUGAGAACACUUGACUUGGUAAAAGGCCAAAAAGUUUACUGCUUGUCGGUUGCUAUCUGUCAUAGGGCAGGAUCCUGGCCUGACUGCACUGGCUGCCCAUCAGUUUCCAGGCCCUAUUCAGAGUUCUGGUUUUGAUCUACAAAGCUUUAAAAGGCUCAGGGUCUCAAAGACCGCCUCUCCCCAUAUGAACCUAGCUGGACCCUGAGACCAUCCUCUGAGGCUCUUCUUUGCGUGCCUCCCCCACGAUAAGUCUGGCAACAUGAGAGCAAGGCCUUUUCUGCAGUGGCUCCCCGUUUGUGGGAUGCUCUCCCCAGGGAGGCUCGCCUAGCUGGGCGAAACAUACUUUUUUCUCCCAUGCCUUUAGCUGAUCAAGCAAUCCAAGGCCUUUCAAACUGCUUAUUUUUGGUUAGUUUGUUACUAUCAGUGCCUUUCCCCCUAGAAAAAUAGGUGCCGGUACUCACCAUGAAGUUGUUACAGUAAGUGCGACACUGAGAGAGAAAGAGAGGUGUGUGCCGGUACUGUGUACCCUUGAAUAACCCCUGAAAAAUAGCCCUGGUUACUAGAAUAAUUUUUUUUGUGUGUUUUUAUAUUAUAAACCGCUCUGUGGUCCUCAGACAUAGAAAAUAAAUAAAUAAUCAUAGGGAUUUUUACGCUGUGCAAAAUUUGUCAUUAUUUUGCUUUUGUGUAGAAAUCCUUAAUCAUAUGAAAGGUGAUAUCAUGGAUGCUUUUGUGGAGGGCCUUCUCGGUGGUGGCGCCCGCCCUGUGGAACGCCUUCCCACCAAAUGUCAAGGAAAUAAACAACUACCUGGCUUUUAGAAGACGUCUGAAAGCAGCCCUUUUUAGAGGAGUUUUAAUGUUUGAUGUUUUAUUGUGUUUUUAAUACAGUCUUACCUUGGGUUACAUACGCUUCAGGUUACAGACUCUGCUAACCCAGAAAUAUUACCUCGGGUUAAGAACUUUGCUUCAGGAUGAGAACAGAAAUCGUGCUCUGGCGGCGCGGCGGCAGCAGAAGGCCCCAUUAGCUAAAGUGGUGCUUCAGGUUAAGAACAGUUUCAGGUUAAGAACAGAUCUCCAGAACGAAUUAAGUACUUAAGCCGAGGUACCACUGUAUUAUAAAUUAGGAGCCGCCUAGAGUGGCUGGGGAAACCCAGCCAGAUGGGCGGGGUAUAAAUUAUUAUUAUUAUUAUUAUUAUUAUUAUUAUUAUUAUUAUUAUAUUCCUGCAUAGCAGGGGGUUGGACUGGAUGACCUUCAGGGUCCCUUCCAACUCUACAGUUCUACGAACCAUGAAAAUUAAUGCCAUCAUAAAUUAGUCUUUUACAGUGCUGCAAGAUACCGUUGUAGUUUUUGCUGCCAUUUGCUGGAUCAGACUCUGGAGAUCAUUGUUUGAGCUUAAGCUUCCUCUGCAGAUUAUGCCCUUCAUUUCCUUCUGACCUCGCUGCCCUGGUUUGCAUGUCAUGAUAAGCCACAGUCUAGUGUCUUAAACCAUUGUUGAAUCGUGAGCGUGCCUCUCCCUUGCCAUGUGGUUUCUCCCCCUGCCCGGCCCCACCCCAGUCACUCGCUGCGUCAUCCAAGCCCUGGCCACAGUUUGUUUGUUGCAAGCAAACCAUGAACAGAAAGCCAGAAAUGAACCAAGGUUUGUUCUUAACGUGUUUCUGUUUUUUUGUUUUUCAAAAAAAAUGUAUUGGUUUUCACAACAUUAUAAACAAACAAACACAUAAGACAAACAAACAUAAAUCAUAGCCUUAUUGAAAAUUACACUUAUUAACAUUGUUAAGUGACUUCCUCGCUUCCCCUUGGUUGGAUUUCAUUGCAUAUCCUUUUAACAGUUUUCCAAAUCACAGUUUAACUUAAACAUUAACAUCCUUAGAUCUUCACAUUAUGAAAUUAAACAUAUUAAUUCAUCACUUAACAUAAAUAAAAUCCUAAGCCAGUUAAGUAUCUGCAAGCUGUUUUCAGUUAAUUUAACUUAACAUAUUUAACUAAGUAAUCAUUAAAUUUAAUCCACUCUUAGUGUGUUUCUGGCUUACCGUCCAUAGUUUCUUUGAAACAAACAAGCCACUGUCUAGAAGCAGAUGAUCCAGAAAGUCGCAGUGUGGCUUGUUUGUGCCAUGCAAACUAGAGGGAGUGGGUGUGCCAUGCUUGCAGGAAAAGGCAUGUCCACAGUUUAAACCAUGGUGGCUUAUCAUGAUAUGCAAAUGCGGACGCUGCCUAUAUUUAGGAUUACAAUCAUGCAUCUGAUGGUGGACUCUAGCCCAGGAAAGCUAUAAUAGUUGUAAUGCAUUUGUCUUUGUGGUGCCUCGCGGCUCUAGUAUUUUGCAGCAAAAACAGCACGCAUAGCUACCCCUCUGGAUAAACGAAUGAAUCUUUUUGCUUUCGGACAGCACGGAAGGUUAAGAGUACCUCGAUGGCCCUGUUGGGUAAUGCAAGGCAGCCAACCUCAUGGAUUCCUGAUUUUAUGAACCUGCUUUUUUAGAGUAUCUUCACAACGCAGAACGUUUUGCCCUCCUCCUUUCUUUCAGGGAUGCCUUAAAUAAGAUGAAGGAUGUUUACCAGAAGACGCCGCAGAUGGGAGACCCUAAUAGCCUUGAGCCAAAGAUCUCUGAGACUCUGGGCAACAUUGAGAGGUUGCGACUAGAAGUCCAGAAAUGUGAAGUAAGAGACUGGCAGGCAAAGGGGGGGCGGGAAUUCUCUUGCACUUUCCAGAUUCCUUACUUGCACUUAUGUAAAUCAUCACAUGUGUGGCUCAGGCACAGCUGACCCAGAGCUGUGUCCCAAAUUUUAAGGUUUAGGCAUAAUUCUAUUUUUGUAGAUCUGACCCGGGCAGCAAUUUAUUUGUCAUUUAUAUCAGUAACCCAGGGUUAGGGAACCUCCUCAUUGGGCCUACAGGGCCGUUUCAAGCAAGUCACGGCCACCUGGAGCAGGUGAGAGACCUGUUUCCACCAAGAGAGGUUUGCAAUUGUUCAUCAGGUCUAGUGGGGCACUUCUGCAAGCUGCACAUUUGCCCUCACCAUUUGAUUUCAACCGUGAGGGCAAAAAAGUGUCGCUCCAGCGAUGGGCAGAUGAGCCGUCCCACCCACCUGCUGUAUUUGGCCUACUGGAGGGGGUGGAGAUAUGAGCUGCCUGCCAGAUCCAGUUGCCCACUUCUUCAGUAGCCCUGUAAACUGUGCUUCACACCAUAUCCGAUGUGAUUCUUCUAGAGAAAGAGGCGCCGGAACUCACCGUGAACUCACCUUGUUCUCUUAUAACAACAAUGGUGCCCAUAAACAAAAGACCUGACCUGUUAACAGAUUGGGGUGUGCCUAGCAAGUGUGAGACAGAGGUGAUUUUGUGAUCAGCUACAGACAGUGGUAGGGUCAGACAUUUGCCCAGAUCCACUGCCUGAAUCCACACUCUGCACAGAAGCCACCCAGACCAGGCCAGAGAUAAAAUGGGAGGGUUCUCUGCUGGCACAUCUUCCAGGUGAAGGAGCCAGCUGAGAGUGCCUUGGAUGUGGUUCCCAAUUUAUUGGAUCUGAACUAGGUAAAGGUAAAGGGACCCCUGACCAUUAGGUCCAGUCGUGGCCGACUCUGGGGUUGUGGCCCUCAUCUCGCUUUAUUGGCCGAGGGAGCCGGCGUACAGCUUCCGGGUCAUGUGGCCAGCAUGACUAAGCCGCUUCUGGCGAACCAGAGCAGCACACAGAAACACUGUUUACCUUCCCGUCGGAGCGGUACCUAUUUAUCUACUUGCACUUUGACAUGCUUUCAAACUGCUAGGUUGCAGGAGCAGGGACCGAGCAACGGGAGCUCACCCCAUUGCGGGGAUUCAAACCGCCGACCUUCUGAUCGGCAAGUCCUAGGCUCUGUGGUUCAGGUUCUUCGCCAUCUUACAAAUAACUGCUGAUACACAGCUGUACCUUGGUUUUCAAACAGAAUGCGUUUCGGAAGUCCGUUCGGCUUCCGAAACUUUCGGAAACCAAGAUGCGGCUUCUGAUUGGCUGCAGUAGCGUCUUGCAGGCAAUCGGAAGCCACUCCAGACAUUCGGCUUCUGAGCCAAAGUUCGCAAACCGGAACACCUCCUUCCAGGUUUGCGGCGUUCGAGUUCCAAGUUGUUCAUGAACUAAGCUGUUCGAAAACCAAGGUAUGGCUGUACAUUACUGCUCAUUAGAUGGGACAAAAGCUGCAGCCCUGCUACUAUUCAUUCCCAUGACAUUUGCGCAGAGCAGCUUCCUGACAAGUUACACUGAGGGAGGAGGAGGAGGAGCAAUCUGUCCUUUUUUCUCCCCCAUUUUCUACCCUGAGCAUCACAGCAUCUUCAGGUAGCCCUGAAUGUCGUGUGUGGAAGCCUGAUUAGAACAGGGAUGGAUGAAACAUUGGAGAGGGCCUUGUUUUCUUCAGUGGAUCAUUGUGGCCAUCCACACGUUUUCAUUCUUCAAAAAGCCACAGCAGAUAGGACAGCUGUGCAAGCAGCCCAGGCACCACUGUGGGGAAGAUGAGGGAUGCGGGUGGUGCUGUGGUCUAAACCACUGAGCCUCUUGGGCUUGCUGAUCAGAAGGUCGGCAGUUCGAAUCCCUGCGAUGGGGUGAGCUCCUGUUGCUCUGUCCCAGCUCCUGCCAACCUAGCAGUCUGAAAGCACACCAGUGCGAGUAGAUAAAUAGGUACCACUGCGACGGGAAGAUUAAUGGUGUUUCUAUGUGCUCUGGCUUCCGUCACAGUGUUUCAUUGCACCAGAAGCGGUUUCGUCCUGCUGGCCACAUGACUCGGAAAGCUGUCUAUGGACAAAUGCCAGGUCCCUCGGCCUGAAAGCGAGAUGAGUGCCACAACCCCAGAGUCACCUUUGACUGGACUUAACUGUCCAGGGGUCCUUUACCUUUUACCUGUGCAGUGAAAUCCUAACCUGUGUCCCUUCUUCUUCUAUAGGCUUGGUUGGCAGAUGCAGAGAGCAGGAUGUUGAGUAACCGACCUGAUAGCGUCACACGCUACAACCGCCACUUGGAUCAUGCAAGCACCCUGAACAACAAUAACUGCUCGCAUGACAAAGACAGGUGAGAGCUGGGUUUGCAGGGCAAGGUGCAGGACUUCGGGCUGCCCCAUAGCAGGUGUGGCAAGGGCCCUCUUUUUUAUGAACAGAAGAUGAGCCAGGGUUUGGGGCAUUUGAAUCUCUGCAAGUCCCUGGAAGGGCUGCUUUGCUGCAGUGGAACAACUUGCCCAGCAUGAGCUACAUGGGCUGAGUUGCUCGUUGGAACGGAGCCAAGGCCUCAAAACUUCCUUGAGCAUCAAAUUCAUUUUUCAUUACUUAAUUAAGUUUCUCUACUGCCCUGUACCCGCAGGUCUCAGGGCAGUUUACAAGAUGAAAUCACAAUAUAUAACAACACAAAAUACAUAAUCGAAAACAAAAGGAAACCAAUAACCCCCCAAGCAUAUUGGAUUAUUAUUUUUGACAUGAGUUAAGGGUUCGUGUAUUAUGUGUUUUAAAAGUCUUUAAAAGUUGUUACACACUGCGAGUCUCAAGACCUUCCCCAUUAAUAUUAGGAAUUGUAAAUAACAUGGUUAAAGCAGAGAUCCAAAUCUGAAAAAGCCAAUACAGUACAAUGGUACCUUGGUACUCAAAACGGCUUAGCUCCCAAACAAAUUGGCUCCUGAACGCCGCAAACCUGGAAGUGAGUGUUCCAGGUUGCAAACAUUUUUAGGAAGCCGAACUUCUGACGCGGUUUCCGCUUGAGUGCAGGAAGCUCCCGCAGCCAAUUGGAAGCCGUGCCUUGUUUUCUUUUUGAACGGUUUCGGGAGUCAAACAGACUCCCGGAACAGAUUAACUUUGAGAUCCAAGGUACCACUGUACACAUAUUUGCAACAACCUUAUCACAGGUUCUCAUUAACUCUUCCACUGAAACCUAGUUUUUGGUGUAUUCCAUUUGUUGCUUGACCCUCCCCACCUCCAUCUAAAGAGUUAACUUCGGGGACAUGAAAUUGUCCCUAAGCCCUGGAUGUUACAGGCUAGAGAGAGAAGCAGCAGAAAAACUGGACACAUUGUCCAGUUGCUUCUGUUCCUAGAAGCAGUGGAGACCUGGCCUGUGGCUGUGGCUGAUGUCCGUUGCUUUUUUGAGGGUAUUGUCCCCUUGCACCAGGCCCUGGAGUCUCUUCCUAGUCUGAGGCCUGUUGCUUUUUCCAGUGUGCAAUGCAGUGCUUUUACUGGAAAGCAACCUGGAGCUCACAGAGAUCAGUAGAAGAAGACAGGACCUACAGAAUAAAAAAUAAUAAAAACCCCAGUCCUGUCCAGUUCCCAGCAGGGUGGUUGCUUGGACUCAAAAUAACCCAUGUUGACAGAAGAAAGCAGCAAAGCCCUCUGCACAUGCAUGAGGGAACAACCCUCAGCUACCACCACACAAAAACUUUUAAAGAGAAGGAAAAGGGUUUAAAAUAGUGGGGCCAUGAGAACAAAAGACGGAGGUGAAUGGGUCACGCUUCUAUGCAAAACAUGAGUGACGCUGCGUUUCAGGGGGUUGGACUAGAUUACGCUUGGUGCCCUUUCCAAUUCUACGAUUCCGUGACCCAUUCACAGAAGUCAGUUGGUGGCUACUUGCAAAUAUAACCAUCUCCUAUUUGAUGUUCGUUUAAGGUCGAGUUUUCUCAGAGCUUAAAUGGACAAUGACCCCCUGCGGAAAGUGGCUUGGCUCACUUGCGUGAGCUGCGCCUUAUCCUCUGUAGAGUGCAUCUGCUUUAUUGGUGCAUUAUGAGCCUGAAUUGAAUAGGUAGAUUUGUGUAGGUUAGCAGCUGGAUCGUCCUACCUUUUGGGCCAGGGAAGGGAUUGUUUGCUUUCUGAUAAGGAGAACAUUUCUUUUUCUCUCCCUUCUGAUUCUUUGGUUUUUCUCCCACCUCCAUCCCAUUAACUGGUACUGACCCUCCUGGCUUUUGGUCAGAUUCAGUAAUUGCCAUUUGCGGUGCAGCAUAAAUAUGGAGGUCCUGAAUAUCGGAGGGAAGCAUUUGUCUAAGGGAAGCUCUUGCGGGAGAGCCCAGCGACCCUGGUUCCUUGACUUGCUUUGAUCCCAGCGCUGGAGAGAGAACCAGCUUCACUCUCUUUUCUCCGUUUCCCUUGCAGCCUCAACACCACCCACUCCGAUGAGAACCAGGACACACUCAACCAGCCCAUCUACACCGAGUUUGAUGACGACUUUGAGGAGGAGUUGACGUCUCCCAUAGGCACCUGUGUGGCUCUCUAUCAGUUUGAAGGUACCUGCUCAGCAACUAUAUUUGCAAAGGGACGCGGGUGGCGCUGUGGGUUAAACCACAGAGCCUAGGACUUGCCGAUCAGAAGGUUGGCGGUUCGAACCCCCACGACGGGGUGAGCUCCCGUUGCUCGGUCCCUGCUCCUGCCAACCUAGCAGUUCGAAAGCAUGUCAAAGUGCAAAUAGAGAAAUAGGUACCGCUCCGGCGGGAAGGUAAACGGCAUUUCUGUGCACUGCUCUGGUUCACCAGAAGCGGCUUAGUCAUGCUGGCCACAUGACCCGGAAGCUGUACGCCGGCUCCCUGUGCCAAUAAAGUGAUGAGUGCCGCAACCCCAGAGUCGUCCGCGAAUGGACCUAAUGGUCAGGGGUCCCUUUACCGUUACCUUACUAUAUUUGCAAGGAACAGUCCUGCUUUUGGACUGUGCUGUUUGGAAUGUGCUAUUUCACCCUGCUACCUUGGCAGCGCCAACUUGUGAAGGAUGCAGUGGCCAGGCCAGGCCAGGCUCCUUUUGGCCUAUAUGGCUUCGCCUAAGAAAGAGACCCAGUCUUAUUCUCUUCCUGCCCCGCCAGCACAGUUUUCUAACAAAAAGUAGUGUCCUGUAUCCGGAAAACGUGAUUCCUCAUCCUAUAAGUUCUAGAGAAAUCAAAGGUAGCCAUGAUGCCUUGAAGUGGGGGAGGAACCCAAGAGCCACAAAAUUUACACUGUACAAAUCCCCGCAAAUUGUUUUAUUUGUAAAGCAUGUGCAAAAUGGUCCAGUUUGCAUAAUUGUUUCAUUGGGGCUUCUACCACUGCACACUUUCACCCCUCAAAAUAAUAAUAAUUUAUUAUUUAUACCCUGCCCAUCUAGCUGGGUUUCCCCAGCUGCUCUGGGUGGCUCGCAACAGAAUAUUAAAAACACGAUAAAACAUCAAACAUUAAAAUCCUCCCUAAACAGAGCUGCCUUCAGAUGUCUUCCGAAAGUGAGAUAGUUGUUUAUUUCCUUGACAUCUGAUGGGAGGGCAUUCCACAGGGUGCACACCACUACCAAGAAGGCCCUCUGCCUCCCUGUAACUUCACUUCUCGCAGUGAGGGAACUGCCAGAAGGCCCUUGGGACUGGACUUCAGUGUCCGGGCUGAACGAUGGGGGAAGUGCAGUAGCGAAAAGGAAGAUUCUCCGGAACCUGAUUUCUGUUGUACCUUUCCUGCACUUUGGCAGACCCUCAGCAUGCAAAUAGUCCUGUCACAGGACGUCCCUCCCUAGAGCGCUAAUGGCUCAUCCAAGAUGGCAAAGCUCACCCCAUACAGUCUUUCUGGGACUGUGGAGGGGUUGCUACAGCUGUGGUGCCAGUGUGGUGUAGUGGUUAAGAGCGGUAGUCUCCUAAUCUGGGGAACCGGGUUCGCGUCUCCGCUCCUCCACAUGCAGCUGCUGGGUGACCUUGGGCCAGUCACACUUCUUUGAAGUCUCUCAGCCCCACUCACCUCACAGAGUGUUUGUUGUGGGGGAGGAAGGGAAAGGAGAAUGUUAGCCGCUUUGAGACUCCUGAAGGGGAGUGAAAGGCGGGAUAUCAAAUCCAAACUCUUCUUCUUCUUCUUCUUCUUUCCCUGCCAAUGUCCUGGCUGGGAACACCGGUCAAGUAUCCCAGCCGCAUGGGCUAUGGAGGCAGAGGUAAACCAACCUAAAUAAACCACUGAGCCUCUUGAGCUUGCCGAUCAGAAGGUCGGCGGUUCAAAUCCCCGUGAUUGAGUGAGUUCCCAUUGCUCUGUCCCAGCUCCUGCCAACCUAGCAGUCUGAAAGCACACCAGUGCAAGUAGAUAAAUAGGUACUGCUGUGGUGGGAAGGUAAACAGCGUUUCCGUGCACUGUGGUUUCCGUCACAGUGUUCCAUUGCACCAGAUGCGGUUUAGUCAUGCUGGUCACAUGACCCGGAAAGCUGUCUGCGGACAAACGCCAGCUCCCUCAGCCUGAAAGUGAGAUGAGCGCCGCAACCCCAUAGUCGCCUUUGACUGGACUUAACCGUCCAGGGGUCCUUUACCUUUACCCUUUUUACUUUGGGUUAUUACUUAAGCUUCUGCUCACUUGCCAGCUUGCUUGCUCUCCACCCCACUCCAGGUUCCAGUGAAGGUACGAUCUCCAUGCUGGAGGGCGAAGAGCUCGGCUUGAUGGAGGAGGACAAGGGCGACGGGUGGACCCGUGUACGGCGAAGCAAAGGAGGCGAGGGGUACGUCCCCACUUCCUACCUGCGGGUCAACCUCAACUGAGUGCCGAAUUGGCCGUGGUACGAGGCCUGCGGCUUGGAGACUUCUGAGUCAACAGCAGGGCGCGUGUGGAAGAGAAGUGCAGUGUUUCAGCUGACUGGGGGAAGGACAGUGCAAUGCCGGCUGCGGGUGACCCCAUCCGAGAAGGAAGGUCACACCAAAUCACCACUGCAGAAACUGGGGGAGGCGACUUUGCUUGCCUGAAGAGAAGAAAUGAUGGCUGCAGCCCGCUCAAAAUCUUGGAUAAGAGCCAUGGGGGAGAGGGGUGGAAUUGGUCUCCAUGCUAAUAAUGUGCCCCCAACCAGUAAUUUCCCUUUCCUCCCUCCCCGCCAUGCCUUUGGAGGCAAGCUUAGCUACACUAGAUCCCUUGCAAAACGUUCUCUAGCAGGAACGGAUCGAAACGUGCCGCUUGCUUCCUCCUUUAGCAACGUUGCGGUUCUGCAUAAAGGAUGGGGAUGCCUCGCUUCCCGCCUCUAGCCCUGGGUGGGUCUCCCAUCGUGUAAGCACAAUUGGUGUGGCAUGCGUGCGGGGGGGGGGGGCGUUGCUUCCUCUCUCCCAGCUGCCCUGGGCAAAAUGGGCCCGCCUUCUCAUGGGGGCAAGGUGGCAGCCAUCCCCCUCAGUAGGGCUGGUUGGAGCAGAGCUCUCUCUAAGGAAUCAGUAGCUGCUUUGCACUGCAAGUCAGUAGAUUCUGUGUGUUUGUGUGUGUGUAUGUAUGUGUGUGUGUGUGUGUGUACCAGUGAGAAGGGAGCCGAAUUGAAAGGAAGCCUUUAACUUGCACCCUCAUGCCACUGUGCCUGCCAUUGGCUUUCUGGGGUAGGGUGGAGGGAGAACCGGGUUAUGAAUAGCUGCUUGGCAAGGCAGUCGGCUGCUAUCGCUGCGUAAGGUGUGAGCACCACCACCUCUGCUCAGAAGGCAGGCCAAAUGCCACAGCCGCAUCAAACACACCCAGCUCCUCUUUCCUUGAAACGCACUUUAUUUUUCCUGGAUUGAUUGGCCUGGCCCCUUCAGCCAUUCAGAAGUGCCUACUCCCUGGAGUCACUACCCUGAACCCUGAACUUUGCCAUUGGGGACAGCCACCAAUUACUUCCUGCCCCCCAGAUCUGUGGACUUUCGUGUGGCUUUGUUUUUAGGAAACAAAACAAAAAGAGGACUCUUAACAUAUUAGCCUUUUUAUACAGUGACCAAUUUAUUUUACCACUCAGUUUAGCUUCUUACUCACAUAAUCGGUAAAAUGUCCCUGGCUCUUAAUCCUGGUUCCCCCAUAAAGCAUGGAGGGGGGGGGUAAGGGGAUUUGGGGGGGCCCAAGCCACACUCUCUCUCGAGAUGUAGAAUGUAUUUGCUGGUGCCUUUUUACACUUUAUGUAAAUAGCAGACAAAAUUUAGCCUGUGCAGUUGACUGUUGGUUUCUCUGGCCUCCCAAGUGCGGGUUUUUUAAGAAGUUUAUAAAAAUGCUAGAUGGCUGUGUAUGUCGAUCAUUUGGGAGCGGACUACCCCCUGUCCCUAUUUAUCACAAAGACCCCCUGCCAACCAACCUUUCUGCCCCUUUAUCAUAAGCUGCCUCUAUGGCUUGUAAGCAAAGCAUACAUGACAUAGACGGCAGCAAAAUAUGAAAUGGCACUUGGCAAAUCAAGGGUGUUAGGAGACCCAGGGCCCUUCAGCCCUCAGCCCCCCAGGAUUAGGUUAUGGGGGUUGCUGGAAGACCACUAUUUCACAAUUUCUACUGCAGAGCUGUAGUGAGAUGAGGGAGUUUAGUAACCUGAGGGUUUGGGGGGGUGCUCAACUGCUUAAGAUUAAUUACAUCUAAUUCUAGAAAGAACAGUGCCUUGAGUAUCUCCUUUCAUUUUGGAGUGGGGAGACACCUUCCAGCAUCAGUAUUGGGCAAAUGCCACUAAUCAGUUAGCUUGGAGAGCUUAAAUACAUCUGCAGUUAAGUUUCAACAGCCUUGGUCCAAACACCAACACGGAUACCUAUAAGCAUGUGCUGAAACAGAAGGGGUGUGUAAAAUGUAACUUCCUGGGUUCUAAAACCACGCCAGUAAUCCCAGAUUUCCCCAUCUGUAGCAUUCUUAAUUGGCAUUCAAACUAGAGUAGGAUGGGAACAGAAUGCUUCCACCACCAUAUAGUAACAAAGGCCUUUGACUGCUUUCUACCUGUUCAGUCCCCAGCAGAGGCUGCCUGUAUUCUCAAAGGCUGGGAAAGGCCCCAGUGGCCUCAGGCAGCGUAGAAAGACGACCAUUUGUUUCCUAGAAGGAACGUCUCUCUCACCGAAAAGUCUCGGCUCCUUGCGAACGCUGCCGCCUGUGCCUUCCAGUCCCGGAAGUUUCUCGUGGCAGCAGCAUCAGGUGCUUCUUCCUUUGGCUUCUCAACCAAUUACUCUUUGCCGUUCCCUGCGUGCAUCCCAGCUGGUGUGUCAGGAGUGCAAAACUCUUAGUCCCGUUCAUUCCAAUUUCUGGGAAAGGACAGUCAGGAUCUGUUCAAAUUUCUUGUGCCUCUCCACCCGGUCCACAUCGGCUCCUCUGCUGCCCCAGAAUAAGCGGAGGGAAAACUCAGUCUGGAAUGCUUCCAGGAGUUCUGGAGUACCUUGGAACCCUGGAGAAGGGAUAAAAAACAGCCGUGAGGCUCCAGCAGUUGUCCAUGGGGAGUGAGAGAGUUACACGUAGGUCAGGCACCAGGUUUGCCCACAAUAGAGGUGGCUCAAGGUGUGAAGUUGCACAUUAUAAGCUUAGAGAGAAGCAGUUCCAGGACAUAACAAAACAGCAGUUUGAGCAGUGCUGGCUUAACGGAAAGGCUCAGCACGAAACCAUAUUCUUUAGAUGCCACAAUACCAGGUAGAAGAAAGGGCAGCCCCUCUGGGCCACAGUGGCGCUUUUGUGCAUCAGCUUAAACACACAUGCAUGAAAACAUUAAGGCAGCAUGAAAAGGAAUGCCUCUCUGCAAGCCUCUGCUUGAGGCACCAGGUGUUGGCUGUGCAGAAUUCAGAUCCUGAGCAAAGCAGAUUAUGAUGUUAUCACAAGCAACACAAGCCACAGUGGACAGAUGCAGCAUGUCGCAAAUUUAACCCCCCGAGCUUCAGGGAAAGGAACUAAUAGGCUACUCAAGUAGUGCUACAAGACAUGAACUCCUGUGGGUUGGUUCUUGCUAUCUAGCUUUUUUAUUGGAAAGGCAGCAGAAAAGCUGGCUGGAGAAGGGAGAGAGUGUUUGCCUGGGGCUAAGACAAGCUGACACAGAAGAAAAUAAUGGAAGUGCAGAAGCCUUCGCUGCCUAGAAUAAAAUGUAGGCGAGGGAAGGCCUUGGCACAAGUUGCACGUGCGCCUGAGAGGCCUCGCUUUGAGGAUCCCCUUUGGUGUUUUUGUGAUGUGCAAACUACACCUCUUCACAACCUCCCAAAAAAAUCUCGCUGCUUCACAUUUUAAGCACCAAUGUGGCUACAGGAUUUGACUGAGGACACCCAACAGUCUCUUGCUUGAAUUGGGGGGGGCGUGUCAAACAGGGCAUGCAUCUGCACAUGAACACAUGGCAUUUACAGAGGGAAUGGCAAUGUUUCUGCCACUCCGUAGGACAGAAGGAGGUGCUGCCCAUGGCAAGAGCAAGGCUGGACCUAGGAAUCCAUGCUGCAGAACUUGGCUGGCAGGCAAAACACAGUCCAGCAACAGUAGCAGCAGCAGCAGCAGCAGCCCCUUUUGCUGUGGCAAAAGUCAGCGAUGGAACGGUUGCCUGCCAGAUUUCGCUUUGGAAAGCCCAGGUUCCAACCCCUACACAGCCAUGACACUCACUUUGCCCCUGGAUGCAUCUGUCUAUUCCUGCAGCUCAGCCAACUUUGUUUCCUUAACUUUUUCGGUUUCUGGAAAUCUCUACAACAAACAAUCUCCAUGUACUCCCAAGAAACGUUCCAUGCAUAUGCAGUUGUAAAUGUUUGAGAGAAUAAAAUGUAAGUCUCUCAUAUACUGUACUCUAACCUGAGCACAAAAUGAGACUGUAAAGGGAUGAAGCAGCCAACCUCUGGACAGGCUUGGGCUCAUCAGUACUGUCCAGAGCUAUCCUACCUUGGAGCUUUGCUUCAGCACUGAUUCGGUAGGCACUGGCGUUGUUGGCCAUGAACCGAGCUGCUUCCAGUGUCCGUAGAAGAGCGUCACAGGUCUCCUCAUUGCUACCCCAGACUUCUCCUUCCAUAAGGCAGAGGAGGGGCAGGAUGUGGGGAACUGCAACUUCCUUCAGGGUGGGGACUGAAUUCCCUGUGGGGCAGAAGCACAAAUCACUUUAU